AUGUCUUCUUUGGAGAGGAAGCGUGAGAAACACAGCCCUUUCACCCUGAACCCUCACCCCCGGAGGAAGACCAGCGCAGAGAUUGUCACUGAGGCCAGGCACUCCCUGAGGACCCUGCGCACCCAGCGACCUUUUACCCCUCGAGACGACCACAGACAGCUGUUUGGAGAGACCUCCUCUCGAGCCCAAGAUGGUCGACCUCCCUCUACAUUCAGGUUAAGGAUCUGGUGAAACGCCCUAGCAGUAGUCUAGUGUCACAUCCAUACAGUGUACUGAAUGAAUAAGAUCUAUUUUUCCUCUUUCAGCCUCUACGCUCUGAACUUUGAAGCGCCAGACUCCAGACCGGGUUCUGGGACUCGCCUGUCUCCUCUGGAACAUGUGGGUUCUCCUCACUGUACAUCUCAUAUCCUCACACUUGUACAGUACAUUCAUCUGUGUGUAUCCUUGUGAAUUUGUUGGGGGUCUUGGAAAGCCUGAGUGUAUUGUUCUGAUCAGCUGAAGACUACACACACUAAAUCAGUGUUUGGUCCCUUCAAUGAUGAAGUAAUUUUUGUGGCCUACCAGAAGCCCAAGUUGCCAGUGGCCCAGGAUGAGGACCCAAAUCUCGUCAGCCCCAUGGCCCUCCCCAAACCCCCCUCUGACCCCCUGGAGCUGAAGAGGGGGGCGGCGGGGGCGAGGGCACGCCUUCUUAGAGCUGGCUCUCUGACAACACUCCCACCUGUGGCACGGCCAACAGAGGGUAAGGAGAGAUGGAAAGCGAGAAAAAGAGGGCUGAGAUUGAGUUUUUUUGUAUUUUAUUAGGAGGUCUAAGAUAGAGAGAGAGACAAAAUUGCAAAAGCGAUGGAAAGAGAGAUAGGAGGUAAUAUAGAGAAAGAGAGAGAGAGAGAGUUGCAUGUUAGGGUUUUUUAGAGAGAGGGGGAGAAAGAGGGAGUGGAGAGGGAUGGUCGAUGGUUGCAAUAAGCAAACCAUUAACACUAUUAUUGUAAGUAAAUAUCUCAGCGAGUGGCCUGCCAGUCAUUUUAUAUUAAAUCAUGUGUGCAGGCAGAAGGCUGGAACAGCUCUUCUCCCAAAGGGAAAUGAAUGGAGCUAUUCACAGGAGGACAUUCUACCUGAUUUACAUUACCACUGGGGUGGUUGAGGUGGAAAACAUAAUUCACUGCAGCUGGUUGCCAUGGGGUUUAGUCUUCUUUUUUGCACCUUUUCUUGCUGUCAUCCCUUACUUACUGUAUUAUAACGCCUUUGGGAAAAGCUAAAAUGACUGUGUAAAAUUGGGUUAUUUGUCAAUUUUCUACACAAUAUCUGAAAAGAUGGUGAAAACGUUUAGCGAAGUUCAGAAUUAACACUAGUAUCCAGUAACUAUAAUAACUCUUAAUUGUACUGUCUUGUUUUUGUAGUAAGGGAGAGUGUAAAUUCAGACUCCAGCCCAGAGCAGAGAGAGCUGUCAGCUAAGGGAAGAGGCAGGAGAGCCCCUUAUGUUGAGCCUACUGAUCGAGAGAGGAGGGACAAGGAUAGUGGAGGACCCUCGAAACCUGCCCCACGCAGGACCAACAGUGAAAGGUACUGUAUGCCUGUACAUUUCUCUACAUUUCACCCCUUGUUCUCUCUAUCUUUCCUCCAUAUCCUCAUUUCUUUCUGUUCUCGUCUCUCUUCUGUCUGUCCACUCAUCUCUUUUUUCUCUCUUUCUAUCUCUUUUUCCCAUCUUUUUUUCUCUCUCUCAAUGUUUUCUCACCAUUCUUCUCACUCUUAUUCUACCUCUUUCUCCCACUUCUCUCUCCUCCCUCUCCCUCUCGCCUCCUUCUCACAAUAAGUGAAGAUUUAUUGGCACACAAAGGAUUCCAUGGUGGCCAUUGCUGUAUAGUGGUGAGUUAUACCUCCUAUUUUUACAUUUCACGCCCCUGGCCCUUGGCCUUGGUCACUCUCUUUGUCACACCUUCAGUGUGUCCUCCUCCAUGCUUUCUCACUCAUUUUGGUUCUCAGAUUGCCUUCAAAUUUCUUCAAGGUAUUUCAUGAAUUUCUCCCACUCUUAAGUGAAACCAGAACAUUGGGAGAGAGAGAGUAGUUUUAGCCAAAUGUGCAUGUAAAUAAGUCUUAUAAAAUAUUAUAUAACCUUUUAGCUACCCCCAUCUAGGCCUAAUAAGUCAACCUCAUUAUUCAGGUCAGGUAUCUGUCUAAAGCAGGAUAUCCCAAACUCGGUCCUGGGAGCCUCCCAUGGCUGCACAUUUUGGUUUUUGCCCUAGCACUGCACAGCUGAGUCAAAUAAUCAUAGCUUGAUGAUGAGUUGAUUAUUUGAAUCAGCUGUGUAGUGCUAGGGCAAAAACCAAAACGUGCACCCAUGGGAGACCCGAGGACCGAGUUUGAGAAUCCCUGGUUUAAAGGGAUCCUAGUUUCCCCACCCAAACUACCUUCUCAGCCAAAGCCCUUCCCAAUAAAAUAGGCCUAUCUAUCUGUUAUCACCAUCACUGACUGGUCAGCCUUAUACCUCCACAGCCAGGAGAGGCUAGAACACCGUUUCUUUCUGCCGACCUCAUCAGGAGUGUGUCAGUUAUGGAGGCAUAACUCCAGGCGUGAGGACGGGGCCUGUCAUUAUAAUCCAUCCGCCCAUCGAUGAGCUAGAGCUGCUGGGGCUGCUGGGGCUGUGACGGCGAACAACCAUAAAACACUUUUACUUAGUCCCCUGUAGCUCAGUUGGUAGAGCAUGGCGCUUGCAACGCCAGGGUUGUGGGUUUGUUUCCCACGGGGGGCCAGUAUGAAAAUGCAUUCACUCACUAACUGUAAGUCGCUCUGGAUAAGAGCGUCUGCUAAAUGACUAAAAUAUAAAUGUAAAAACCAAGAUCCCCCACACGUUUACUUAGAACCAAGAUCCCCCACACGUUUACUUAGAACCAAGAUCCCCCACACUUUUAAUGAGAACCUAGAAUCCAAGCAAGGAAUCUUUUUCAGAACUUUCCUACUUAGACCAACCCAUCUUAGAAAGAGGGGGAUAGAAAGUGACAGAGAAAAGAGAGUAAGGGGUUGAGCCAGGGGUGAGAGACGAGUGAGAGAGAAAGAGAUUGAUAUAACAAAUUGAUUUACAGAGUCAGAAAGAUUUAAAGUUGGAGUGUGUAGUGCACACGCAAGAAAUUGAAAAAAGAGAGCGAGCGAUGAAGCGUGAGAGAUUAGACAUUGGCUGCUUCUUUUUCUCCAAUAAGCCAGGGCUUUAUAGCUCCAAAUGGAUGUCUGUUAGAUAUGGGUGCCCAUCUGGGCAUGGCUGGCAGCAUCAUAGCAGCGUCUCUGCUGGGACUGACUGACUGACUGCCUGCUGUCCAUUGGUCAGGCCCUGCCCAGGCCCAAGACACAGAUGAGAUCAUGUCUCGGAGAAUGCACUAUCACACACAGAGGCCCUAUUAUCAGGCCUUAAUCCUAUCACACAGACCCCAUGACCUCUCUCUCUCCCACUCUCGCUCUCUCUCUCUCUCUGUCUCUCUCUCUCUCCAUGUGUAUGCGUGCGUCUCCCUCUUUUUCUCUCCUCUCUCUCUCUCUCUCUCUCUGAAAUUUAGAAUAACAUUCACCUCUGCUCUCGGCUUGUGCUCUCUGCUCUAGUCUAUGCCCUGUGUACCAGCCUCAGUACUGUCCGUAAGUCAUCCAAUAGAUGCUUUAGCCCUUGAGGGAGUUGUAAGUUCCAUGCAGAAUUGUACUUAUCUGUUCUCCCAUGUGCUCUUACAAUGAUUCAUAUACGGUAGGGACAUUAGAGCACUGUCAAGAUCAAUUGGAACAUCAAUGACAACAAACAGACAGUGAACAAAACAGUGUAGAUUAAAACAACAUGAAAUGGGUGUUACUGUCUGUUCUUUAACUGAAACUGACUGGUGAGUAAAGUCACAGUGUCGAAACAUGGAACGGCUUUAACCAGGCUUAACCCGCAAAGCUGUGGUCUGAGUUCCUGUUGCAAUGGGGACACCGAGUGGUAGCUGAAGGAACUGGUCACGUAUGUAUCUAGCAAUACAACCAGUCGUUUCCAAACUACAGUAUUUUGCACUGUGAGUGACCCAUCUUUGAAAAUGUCUUACAUCUUAGUUAACGAUACUUAAUCAGCCAAAACCUAAUAGGUUCUGAGCCACCAUUUUGUUAAAGACUGUUUCAACUCUAACGUAUUGUGUGUGUGUGUGUGUGUGUGUGUGUGUGUGUGUGUGUGUGUGUGUGUGUGUGUGUGUGUGUGUCAAAUUGCAGUGGACUCAGGCUCCCUGGUGGUGUUGACUCAUCUAUCAGACCAGGCGAAGGAACAGGAGCAGGAGCCGGGGCCCGAACAAGUUAGUCCUGAUUCACUAAGUGAAUACUAGCUUAGUUCAAUAGUUUACUGAACCAUACAAUUCUAACAGUACGUUAUGAUCAACUAAGGGCAACUAUGUCCAACAGCGAACAAACUGAGAGCCUGAGAGGGUAGCCUACACCAGGCCAAUUGUUAAACCAAUUGUUAAAUCUUCCAUCCAGGUUGGUUGGUUGCCUGUAGAUGGAUAGAUGUGUGUCAAAACUUUUAGUUCUUAUAACAAGUUUGUUACCAUUAAAAAAUAUAUAUAGAUUAUAUGUUUUAAUUUGACCUUUGUCACUCCGACUUUGAAGGAUGUUUUAUUUUAUUUGAGCUUAAAUUAAAAUCAGAGUUGGUUUGAUGUCUACACACUGACUGGGGGUGGAUAUAUUAAGCUGCUAAAUGAAAAGAACCAAGAAUGUAGUGUUAAUCUCAUCUCCAGCAUAAACACCUUUCUUUCCUCUCAACUUUGAGAGUUUAGCAGUGUGUCACGCUUUGAUCAGGCAGGGUGUUGUUGCUGAAGGCCUCACUCACACCUUUUGUAAGCAGCAAUCAAUGGCUGUUGGUCUGUAGCCACCGCUUCCUGCACCACCACUGCACCAGGCAGCCAGGCAGACAGACAUGCAAAUGUUCAGUAAAGAGUUAGAACACACCUGCGCAAGCACACACACACACACACAAAUCAGAGGAAGUAUAGAUGCGAACGGUGACCUUUCAUUGCCGGCAUUAAACUUCCUGCAGAGCGAUUUAUUUUAAGACACUGAACUUGUGAACUAUACUCAGCCCUCUUGCACCAAGUUGGGGUUUGAGGCAUUAAUUGUCUAACUAUGUUUUUCAUUCUUCCUUUUUCGUCUCCUUGUUUCUGUGUCAGAGUUAGGAACAGAGUUAGGCAACGGAGACAGACCAGCCAGCCAGGCGGCUGAGGACGAAUCAGUGGUGUGGAAUGUUAAGAUUGUCCCUCUGUUGCAAGAGCUGGAGUCCAUCGCUGCAGGUAGUGUUCUGUUUGCUAUGAAUGAACCCCAAACAAAAGUACAAACAGAUGUUAGUCACAUAACAUUCUUCUCAAUAUAGGACAAUGAUGAUUGGACGGUGUUGAAUUGCAAUUCUUUCCCUAAUGCAUCUAUGUUGUCCUGUACAAAAAGCACCUCUUUCGUAAAUGCACAAAUUAUUUUAUUACUUUUUGGGAAGUGGGGAGAUAUUGUGAAAACAGGACUGAAUUUAAGUUUAUCCUGUGAUUUGAAUAUAGGGAAGUUUCUCUUGUGCUAUUGAGCUGAUUUCAUUUUCAUGCUUAAAUGUAAGUUCAGCAAAAAAAAUCAGUGUUGGUAGAAAAACACAUGCACACAAAUGAAAAAAGUAAACACCGAGCCAUUUUAACGGUUGAAGAAAGCAAAACAAAGUAGUGUUGUGUUUGGCGUCCCUUCACAUUUCUCCUAGUUUGACUUUGCAGUCUGACUACCGCAAAAUGUAAUCUAGGUCUGUAAAUAUUUUAACUCUUUUGAAAUGUAAUGGAAAUUAAUUUGAAAAAUAAAUAUAACAUAUUUUUUGUACCAAGUACCUCCUGGCUCAUGCAUUAAAAACCUUUCAGAUUGGCUGGGAAAUUGCAAUAUGUUGAGUCGAGUGUGUGGCCAACCUUUCUGGAAAGAGGCAAUUGGCUGCCUUUUUUAGACAGAAGAAAAAAAUAUGUAUUUUACCUGGAAAACUCAGGAAAAGCACCCCACCCUCUCUCUUCCUCUCAGUAAUGUACAUAAUGUUAAUCAUGCAUAUUCACUGAGGGCCAAAUCCUAACAUAAGAUAUGAGUGCAUAACUCAAAACUCUGUGUGCAUUUGCAUAAAUAAUGCAUGUUAGUGGUAUAUUUGCACAAAAAUGUCUAGUAACUUUACAUAUUUUUCUCAAUCAUGUGCCUCUCCUCAGGUGGAUCCGAUGAUGCCGUGGAACGACUGUGUGACGCGUGUGACUGUCUCCAUGGCGCCCUGGCGGAGCGAGGCAUGCUGGGCCGGCGUUGCAGGAAGAGAGCGGGGCUUCUCAGGGCGCUGUUCCGCCUCAUCGACCUCAACUCUGCCCAACUCAACCUACAGCUCGCCAAACUCACCCUUGAGGUGAGUACAAUCAAUGUCAUCAUGAUGAUUCUCUUUCUCCCGUCUCUUCCUUGCCCUAAUACACAACAGUAGCUUUAACAGACCAGCCCUUAGUUAGCUUUGUUGGGUGACAUCCUCAGUACAAAGCAACAGCGUAACGUUCCUGGCUGCUGUGUUAGAAUGAUUGUUGUCUAAUAACUUGUUGUUGUUAAGCUGAACGUCAGUGGAAACAACCUGCUGAACAUCUGUAAACUCAUCUUCAAGAUCAGCCGCAGUGAGAGCAACGAUAUCCUCUUCCAGAACAACUCCAUCAUAGGUAACACAUUGACAUACUUUACAGUAUGUGUGUACACUGAUUGUAUAAUGUUAUUUAUAUACACUACCAGUCAAAGGUUUGGACACACCUACCAACUCAAGGGUUUUUCUUAAUUUUUACUAUUUUUUACAUUGUAGAAUAAUAGCGAAGACAUCAAAACUAUGAAAUAACACAUAUGGAAUCAUGUAGUAACCAAAAAAGUUUUGAGAGAAUGCCAAGAGUGUGCAAAGCUGUCAUCAAGGCAAAGGGUGGCUAUUUGAAGAAUCUCAAAUAUAAAAUAUAUUUUGAUUUGUUUAACACUUUUUUGGUUACUACAUGAUUCCAGAUGUGUUAUUUCAUAGUUUUGAUGUCUUCACUAUUAUUCUACAAUGUAGAAAAUAGCAAAAAUAAAGAAAAACCCUUGAAUGAGUAGGUGUGUCCAAACUUUUGACUGGUACUGUAUGUUUGAAUGUGUGUGUUUGUGUUUACCUGUGUAAGUCGCUCUGGAUAAGAGCAUCUGCUAAAUGACUAAAAUGUAAUGUAAGUUUGUAUCAAAAGCAGCUCAUGUGUUGUGAGGUUGGAGUGAUAUGUGUUAACAAGUGUGUGCGUGCGACUUUGUAUUACGUCCAGAUUCCCUGCUGUGUGUGCUGCGCUGUGAGGAUGUGUGUGUGUCUGGGGAGGCUGUGUUGUACUGUGUGGGCACUCUGAAGUUCCUCUCAGGGAACUCCGCCCUCCUCAGGCUCCUAUUGGCCAAGGACUGUGUGGGUGUGGCCACCCUGCUCAUACAGAAGCUCCACCCACUGGCACAACCUGACCACACUCAGUUCACCAUCGCAGGACACAUCCAUGUACAGGUGAGAUGGUAGAAGAUACCCCAAACCAGUUUUAUGCACACUAUGGUAAAGGCCCGGUAGAGCUGACAGCAAAUCAGUCAAGGGCAGUUACUUGAGCAACUUUAUACUAAGUUCCUCAACAGUUCAAGAACAGCAAGACAGUUCACUUUUCAGUUGAAGUAAAAAAUGUAACAAAACAAAACAGGAAAAGGAACAACAUUUGAAAUAUUCAGUUUUAAGGAACUUCUCAGAGUUCUGGUGAGGGGAACUUUAAUUGUCCUUUUCUUGGUAUUAGGAAUUAUGUUUUUGUUUCUGUCUGCUGCUCCAUGAUAUUCUGAUCUGUUCUGGCCAUAACACACACAGCUCUGCUCCACAGUACAGUGUGUUUCAUUCUAUAUAAAAUCACCACUUAACGACUUCAAUCUGAUUAACUGAUUUAAGUUAGAGGUUAGCAGAUGAUUUGAUAUCUGGCUGCUUGUUAUGCUGUUGGUAGUCAGAGGGAACUGAGAGUGUUCUCAUUGUAGCGCUACUGCUGGCAAUGCUCUAUGUGGUGUUGGAAAUCAGUUUCCUUCACGAUAGAGUGAUUUAUAGGGUCUUUGAAUAACUUUCUAUCAUGUUUUGUAAAGAAAAAGGUUGAAGAUAACUGGAGAUAUUGUUACAUCAGGUGCAACUGGCUAAGACGAUCGACAAUAAAUCAUCAGUUCUCUUGAUUCCUCUCUCAUCACAUCGACAUUGCAUCACAUGCUCUCGCUCUCGCUCUCGCUCUCUCUUUCUCUUUCUCUUUCUCUCUCUCUCUCUCCACCUCUGACCCCUGCAGUUGACAGCGACCCUGAGGAACCUGGCUGACCUCCCUGAGUCCCGCCCCCUUUUCGUCUCCCACGGCGCCCUGACAGAACUAUGCCUGGUGCUGCGCCAUCACCACGGAGACCAGGACAUCUGCACCAACAUUGCCAGGGUGUUCAGGUAACACACACAUACACGCACACACACUGUACACCUAAAACCUCUCAAAACUUACAUUCAACUGUUUCAUUGAGAGUGGGACAGUACAUUCCUCAGGCCAUUGGACAUUGUGUGUAUUGUGCAUUUCUUUUUAGUCUGUAAACAUAAAGUGAUGGUUAAAGAUAGCUCAAAUACAGUAGGGGAAAAAAAGUAUUUAGUCAGUCACCAAUUGUGCAAGUUCUCCCACUUAAAAAGAUGAGAGAGGCCUGUAAUUUUCAUCAUAGGUACACGUCAACUAUGACAGACAAAAUUAGGGAAAAAAAUCCAGAAAAUCACAUUGUAGGAUUUUUAAUGAAUUUAUUUGCAAAUUAUGGUGGAAAAUAAGUAUUUGGUCAAUAAUAAAAGUUUCUCAAUACUUUGUUAUAUACCCUUUGUUGGCAAUGACACAGGUCAAACGUUUUCUGUAAGUCUUCACAAGGUUUUCACACACUGUUGCUGGUAUUUUGGCCCAUUCCUCCAUGCAGAUCUCCUCUAGAGCAGUGAUGUUUUAGGGCUGUCGCUGGGCAACACGGACUUUCAACUCCCUCCAAAGAUUUUCUAUGGGGUUGAGAUCUGGAGACUGGCUAGGCCACUCCAGGACCUUGAAAUGCUUCUUACGAAGCCACUCCUUCGUUGCCCGGGCGGUGUGUUUGGGAUCAUUGUCAUGCUGAAAGACCCAGCCACGUUUCAUCUUCAAUGCCCUUGCUGAUGGAAGGAGGUUUUCACUCAAAAUCUCACGAUACAUGGCCCCAUUCAUUCUUUCCUUUACACGGAUCAGUUGUCCUGGUCCCUUUGCAGAAAAACAGCCCCAAAGCAUGAUGUUUCCACCCCCAUGCUUCACAGUAGGUAUGGUGUUCUUUGGAUGCAACUCAGCAUUCUUUGUCCUCCAAACACGACGAGUUGAGUUUUUACCAAAAAGUUCUAUUUUGGUUUCAUCUGACCAUAUGACAUUCUCCCAAUCCUCUUCUGGAUCAUCCAAAUGCACUCUAGCAAACUUCAGACGGGCCUGGACAUGUACUGGCUUAAGCAGGGGGACACGUCUUGCACUGCAGGAUUUGAGUCCCUGGCGGCGUAGUGUGUUACUGAUGGUAGGCUUUGUAACUUUGGUCCCAGCUCUCUGCAGGUCAUUCACUAGGUCCACCCGUGUGGUUCUGGGAUUUUUGCUCACCGUUCUUGUGAUAAUUUUGACCCCACGGGGUGAGAUCUUGCGUGGAGCCCCAGAUCAAGGGAGAUUAUCAGUGGUCUUGUAUGUCUUCCAUUUCCUAAUAAUUGCUCCCACAGUUGAUUUCUUCAAACCAAGCUGCUUACCUAUUGCAGAUUCAGUCUUCCCAGCCUGGUGCAGGUCUACAAUUUUGUUUCUGGUGUCCUUUGACAGCUCUUUGGUCUUGGCCAUAGUGGAGUUUGGAGUGUGACUGUUUGAGGUUGUGGACAGGUGUCUUUUAUACUGAUAACAAGUUCAAACAGGUGCCAUUAAUACAGGUAACGAGUGGAGGACAGAGGAGCCUCUUAAAGAAGAAGUUACAGGUCUGUGAGAGACAGAAAUCUUGCUUGUUUGUAGGUGACCAAAUACUUAUUUUCCACCAUAAUUUGCAAAUAAAUUCAUUAAAAAUCCUACAAUGUGAUUUUCUGGAAAAAAAAUUCUCAAUUUGUCUGUCAUAGUUGACGUGUACCUAUGAUGAAAAUGACAGGCCUCUCUCAUCUUUUUAAGUGGGAGAACUUGCACAAUUGGUGGCUGACUAAAUACUUUUUUUCCCCACUGUACUUUUCCCAACUACAUCAGCCACCCCUGAACUGUUAUUCCUCAUAACAACACAUUGACAGUUCAUCCUAUCUUAUAAUAUGAAUGGACCAUGUAGCACACCCUAUUUCCACAACGAACGCCAUUAAAACCCAUCCCUCUUUAGUAAAACAGUGAGAGUCUAUCUGGUGAGUGUUAUUUGUUGUCCCUCUGUCUGUCCUCCAGUAAACUGUCCUCCUACUCUGAGUGCUGCCUGGCUCUGGCCCAGACCCCUGGCUGCUACACACUAUUUAUAGAACUGUUGAGCAAACACCAGCGGAAACAGGUGAGCCCUGUGUGUGUGUGUGUGUGUGUGUGUGUGUGUGUGUGUGUGUGUGUGUGUACGGUGGUAUAGGAAGCAGAUUAGCCUAUUCACUCCCAGUGUUUAUACUGUUCAUCGACUAAGCCUGUUUACCUUGAGCAAGUUGUUUAUGUACUCCAAGUCCCAGUGCAUUUACAGCAGUGUGUGUGUGUGUGUGUUUUGACUUUAAUCAGCGUCCCAGGAGAAACUGAGGAAGUCAUCCUUCCCUUCCUCAGGGCUCUGGCAAUCCUAGAGGAUCUAAAUCACCCAGGGAAUAAACACCACACAGCAGGGGUGCUAACACCACACACAUACACACACACACACACACAGUAGACACAGUAGAUAUCCCCCAUUAAUACACACAGACACACGGUUGAUCACGUUGUGUCCUGAAUAGCUCUUUGACAGGACAGCCUGUACAGUACAGGACAGCCCAGUCCAUCCCAGCCACACUGGCCAGUCAGCCCAGCCAGGACUAGGGUAACUCUAGGGCAAUGGGAAGGAUGUGUGUGUUUCUGUGUUUGUGACACACACUUUUGGGGAGGGGCGGAGUGCGAUUAAAAAACAAACGUAGUGGUAUACAGGUUGUUUUCAUCUGCUUUUGGGGUAAUUUGUCGGUCCUUGUGGUUGUGGUGGGGGAGAAAUGGUAAAUGUGACGAAUUUCAUGCCAUAUCUGAUAGGAUAAAUUACUGUGUUACUCUCUGUAGCCAAGGUAUUUGUUUAUGUGGAUAACACAGGCACACACACACUCCACUGACACACAUUCGACCCCCCUCCCUCUGUCUCUCCUCCACACAGGACCUGGUGGUGCGUCUGCUCUUCACUCUGGGUAACCUAACGUCUCGGAGCAGUGAGGCCAGAAAGCACCUCUUCACGGCUGAGGGAUGUAUGUCUGUGCUCCUGGGGCUCUACCACACCUACCAGGGGAGGUGGGACACACCUACCGCACACACACCCCGCACACCUCCAGCCAGGGACACCCGUACCCCCCGCACCCCUCCCUUAGGAUGGCGGGAGAGCGAGGAUGUGCUGGUGAAGCUGGUCAGGGUGCUGGCUAAUAUGUCCAUCCACCCUGCAGUGGGACCGACCCUGGCAGCUAACACACACCUAAUACACUACCUGCUGGACACACUGGGUGAGUUUCAGCGCUUUGAGGGUAAUGUAAGGGUGAAAUAUGGCCCCAUAAUGUUCUCAUAACAUCCACAUAAUGUUCCCAAAAUGUUCUAAUAACAUCCCCAUAAUGUUCUCAUAAUGUCUCCAUAACAUUACCAUAAUGUUCCCAUAACAUCCCCAUAACAUCCCCAUAAUGUUCCCAUAAUGUUCUCAUCCCCAUAUUGUCCCUGGUUGUACUGAAGCGUUCUAUUCACCAGGGUUAGUUAGUUAGCUAACUAGCUAGCUAGCACUCAAGACAGUAGUACAGUAGUUGUUUAUCCCUGAGGUGCUCCGUCACCAGAUGAAUAACACUGUACACACCCUUUACUGUAACUCUGUACAGUCAGUCCUUGUUUGGUACCACCGCUUCCUGUGUGCUGGGAACAAGUGACAAACAUCUAAUACCUAUUUCAUUCUUCCAUUUCUCGCUUUCUUUCUUUCUUUAGAUUUUUUUGUGCACAUCCUUUUUCGGUUUGGGUCCUUUUGCAGAAAAGAGCCAGAGAGAGAGCAGGAUGCUCUGUUCUCUUGAGAGCCUGGUUGGUUCUUGUGAAACUCCUAGGUGGUUAGAAUGAUGGUUUCAGGACUGACUGACUGGUAUAGGCCAUGUUCAGGUGGGUGUGAAAUUCUUAGUUUCUCAGCUUUAACUGUGAGCUCUUGUAUUCCACCUCCCUCCCACACACUGUACUGCACGUGACUGGGUAUGGGGAGAUGGAAAGAGAAUGACAGAGAGAAAUAGAGGGCCAUAUGCAGAUGGUGAGAAAGACAAAGGUAUGGAAUAUUUGAAGAAAGAGCGGGUGAGUGUGAAACAAAGUAAAGAAAGAAUGGGAAAAAUAGCAAAAUGGAGAGUAGAUUGUGAGACAGUCAGGCAGACAGACCGAAGAGAUCUGCACUGGCUGUGGACAUAAAUCAGGCAGCUCAAUAAUAUCCUGUUUUGAUCACAGUUUAUGACAGGCCAUGCAUGCUGCUUUACAUUAGAGAGAGGAGGAGAAAUUCUCCACCACACUAAAGAGCCUUUCCAGUUAGACCCAGAAACGAAACACACACUAUGACGCAGGCACCGGUUGACACUCAGUACGACCGCAAUAUCUGUGAUAUACAGGAUGACUGAAUAAGCAACAUCUGCUGCUAAAUCAAGAGCACAUUCUGUUUUCAACCGCUUGCAUCUUUUUUUCAUUUUCUGCACAAGUUUGUUGGAAAUGAUACCCACAUUUAUUUGUACAUUUCCUGCAUAUAACAUGUAGCUAAGUGAAUUUUGCGUAUUCCAUAGUUACUAUUUUCACACUUUUCACUAUACCAGUGCCUUUAUUUGACCUAUAAAUUGGGUUCUUGCUGUGCUGCAGAGAGCCUCAACAGAGAUAUUUUUUCCACAGUAAAUGCAUCAUAUUUGAAUGAUCCCUGCUGUAAAGUGUGUGUCCUCUGUGUGUGUCAGAGCUCAGGUCCAUGCAGGAAAGCGAGGAGCUUCUGGUGAACGUGGCUGCCACCAUCAACAACCUGUCCUUUUACCAGGAAGACAGCUCAGUGGUCAGGGACAGAGGACUUACUGUCGCAAAGCGUAAGAGAGCUAGAGACAGAGUGUGUAUGUGUGUUGUGUGUGCGCGAGAGGCUGUUUUUGUGUAUACUAGGCCUAUGUGUUUGUGUGGCUCUAGUGUCUUUUUAUAUUUGCUUUCUCACCGUUUCUCGCUCUCUUUCACCCCCCCUCUCUCUCUCUGUAGUGCUGUUGAAGUUGCUCCUCGGCUCCAGUAUGGAUGGGAUGCUGGAGGCCACGCGUGUGUUUGGAAACCUGUCCCAGUCCAGGCAGGUUUGUGACUUCAUCAUACAAAACAAAGGUGUGUAUAUGCGCACACACACACACACACACACACAUACAGUGGAGUGAAAUGGGGGAAUGUGUCAUGCUCUAUUGACACCCUGUGUGUGUGCUUUAGGUAUUGUAUUCCAGAGCACGCACACAUGCAUGAUGCAUGCACGUACACACAAACACAUACACACAAUACAAACCUUUUUUCCCAGAUAAACACUAACAAAAAAGACCCCCCCUCACUCCUGUGUUGUACCCCUAACCCCUCUUAACCCCUCCUUUCCCCAUCUCCCCCAGUGCACCAGUUUGUGGUGACUCUGCUGGACUCUAAGAGCCCGGAGGUGUGUUUCUCAGCCUGUGGGGUCCUCACUAACCUGGCCCUGGACCCCCCCAGCAGAACGACUCUCACACAGGAGGGGGCACACACCAAGUAAGGAGCACACACAGGAACUAGGAAUGAUAUUAGAGUACUGUAUGUGGUCAUUUUACUAGGUCUCAACUCCAGUACCUUCUUUAUGGUACUAAAACAUGUAAAUUAAGACCUGGUGCUUUUAGGACUCACAGCUUAGGCUACUUUACUUGAUCUACUGACCUCUUUUGAUUAUGUUAAUUGAGCUUAUUGAGAUUUUUAUACAUGCAAACAUUUUAUAGAAUAUCUGUUACAGAGCCUCCCGAGUGGCGCAGCAGUCUAAGGCACUGCAUCGCAGUGUUGCGGCGUCACUACAGCCUGGGGUUUGAUCUCAGACUGUGUCAUUACCGGCCGUGACCGGGGGUCCCAUAGGGCGGUGCACAAUUGGCCCAGCGUCGUCUGGGUUAGGGGAGGGUUUGGCCGGGGGGGCUUUACUUGGCUCAUCCCGCUCUAGCGACUCCUUGUGGUGGGCCGGGCGCUUGCAGGCUGACUUCGGUUGUUAGUUGAACAGUGUUUCCUCCAACACAUUGGUGCAGCUGGCUUCCGGGUUAAGUGAGUGGGUGUUAAGAAGCGCGGUUUGGCGGGUCAUGUUUCGGAGGACGCAUGACUCGACCUUCGCCUCUCCCGAGCCCGUUGGGGAGUUGCAGCGAUGAGACAAGAUCGUUAUCAUGAAAUUGGGGAGAAAUAGGGGGUACAUUUAAAAUAUAUAUAUAUAUAUAUAUAUAUAUAUAUAUAUAUAUAUAUAUAUAUAUAUAUAUAUAUAUACACUACCAGUCAAACGUUUGGACACACCUACUCAUUCAAGGGUUUUUCUUUAUUUUCACAAUUUUUUACAUUGUAGAAUAAUAGUGAAGACAUCAAAACUAUGAAAUAACACAUUUGGAAUCAUGUAGUAACCAGAAAAGUGUUAAACAUUCUUCAAAUAGCCACCAUUUGCCUUGAUGACAGCUUUGCACACUCUUGGCAUUCUCUCAACCUGCUUCAUGAGGUAGUCACCUGGAAUGCAUUUCAAUUAACAGGUGUGCCUUCUUAAAAGUUAAUUUGUGGAAUUUCUUUCCUUAUUAAUGUGUUUGAGCCAAUCAGUUUUGUUGUGACAAGGUAGUGCGGGGUAUACAGAAGAUAGCCCUAUUUGGUAAAAGACCAAGUCCAUAUUAUGGCAAGAACAGCUCAAAUAAGCAAAGAGAAAUGACAGUCCAUCAUUACUUUAAGACAUGAAGGUCAGUCAAUACUGAACAUUAACAAGAACUUGAACUUGGAACAAGAAUACUGAACAAGAACUUGGAAAAUUUCUUCAAUUUCAGUCGCAAAAACCAUCAAGCGCUAUGAUGAAACUGGCUCUCAUGAGGAUCGCCACAGGAAAGGAAGACCCGGAGUUACCUCUGCUGCAGAAGAUAAGUUCAUUAGAGUUAAUUGCACCUCAGAUUGCAGCCCAAAUAAAUGCUUCACAGAGUUCAAGUAACAGACACAUCUCAACAUCAACUGUUCAGAGGAGACUGCGUGAAUCAGGCAUUCAUGGUCAAAUUGCUGCAAAGAAACCACUACUAAAGGACACCAAUUAGAAGAAGAAACUUGCUUGGGCCAAGAAACACGAGCAAUGGACAUUAGACCGGUGUAAAUCUGUCCUUUGGUCUGAUGAGUCCAAAUUUGAGAUUUAUGGUUCCAACCGCCAUGUCUUUGUGAGACGCAGAGUAGGUGAACGGAUGAUCUCCGCAUGUGUGGUUCCCACCGUGAAGCAUGGAGGAGGAGGUGUGAUGGUGUGGGGGUGCUUUACUGGUGACACUGUCAGUGAUUUAUUUAGAAUUCAAGGCACACUUAACCAGCAUGGGAACCACAGCAUUCUGCAGCGAUACGCCGUCCCAUCUGUUUUGCGCUUAGUGGGACUGUCAUUUGUUUUUCAACAAGACAAUGACCCAAAACACACCUCCAGGCUGUGUAAGGGCAAUUUGACCAAGGAGAGUGAUGGAGUGCUGCAUCAGAUGACCUGGCCUCCACAAUUCCCCGACCUCAACCCAAUUGAGAUUGUUUCGGAUGAGUUGGACCGCAGAGUGAAGGAAAAGCAGCCACCAAGUGCUCAGCAUAUGUGGGAACUCCUUCAAGACUGUUGGAAAAGCAUUCCUCAUGAAGCUGGUUGAGAGAAUGCCAAGAGUGUGCAAAGCUGUCAUCAAGGCAAAGGGUGGCUACUUUGAAGAAUCUAAAAUAUAAAAUAUAUUUUGAUUUGUUUAACACUUUUUUGGUUACUACAUGAUUCCAUAUGUGUUAUUUCAUAGUUUUGAUGUCUUCACUAUUAUACUACAAUGUAGAAAAUAGUAAAAAUAAAGAAAGGCCCUUGAAUGAGUAGGUGUGUCCAAACUUUUGACUGGUACUGUAUAUAUAAAUAUAUCUGUUGUAGAGUAAUAAGCAGAAGACUGUCAUCUGUAGCAGAAGAGACUUACUACAGUAGCAGGGGCAGAACUCUGAAGUUUCCUCAGCCCACCUUUAGGACCAGCUGCACUCAAGGAUCAUGUGACUUAAGUCUUGCCCAGUCACAUGGUGUGUGUGUGUGUGUAUGUGUGUGUGUGUGUGUGUGUGUGUGUGUGUGUGUGUGUGUGUGUGUGUGAAUGCCUGUGCAGGCUGGCAGACUGUCUGAGGGACUUUGGGCCAGUGGACUGGCAGCUAGCUGGCCUGGUGUGUCAGACCCUGUGGAACCUCACUGAGGAGGGGGGGACAGGGACGGAGACAGACCCCCCAUCCACACUGAACAACCAGGAGAGAGAGGCACUGCUAGAGGUCCUAACACUGUACCUAGGUAAGGAUACCAAACUACUGUAAUGAUUUACCGAAAGUUUCUUGAAUAACCAUCUAUAGUUUUUCUAUGCUUUGGUCUACUGCUGUAAACAGAUACUUUUUUCAUAUAUAUAUAUUUUUUUAUGUUGAAGCUUUUUGAUGAUGCUCUUUCUCUCUCAGACGAGGAGGACGCACUGCAGUGGACCUCUGGUGAUGACAUGAGUGACUUCCACCGAGCAUGCUGGGAGUUGGAGUUCCUGCCUGUGGCUCAGAGGCUGAGGGACAGGAUCCAAACUCAGACUGACUGACAUGACUGUCAGCCCCUACUGUCAGUCAUCUAUCUCCUUACUCUGGUUGUCGCAAAUGGCACCCUGUUACCUAUAUAGUGCACUGGUCAAAAGUAGUGCACUAUAUAGGGAAUUGGGUGUCAUUUGGGAUGCACAUCUGUCUCCCUCCCUAGUGUGACGUCUGCAAUGUCCUCUCCUUACUCCUUGUUGUGCCUUGCUACACUGACCUCUCUAAAGUCACUCUCUACUCUAUGCUGCUACCACACUCUCUAAUUCUAUUAAUAAGGCCCUGGCCAGGAAAAACUAUGGGACUUAGUUAUAGGCUGUAACUUGGGUCUAGAGUUUUUCCUGGUUAUGUCACAUGGUCAUGAAAAACGCAGGGCCCAUACCUAUGACAUACUGAAUUUUGAGCCUCUACCUGACAUGUAAGACAAACUGUUUGCACUUUAAAUAACAGAAAUUAUCGUUUUUAGGUUGUAUCGUAUGCAUACUGUAAAUGAUUAAUGUGAUUUUGUCAUAAGCUACUCUUGUUAACAUAUGAGCAGAAUUGUAAUUUGCCUCUGUGGUGAUAAAAAGUGAAUGUUUCUCCUUAUGGCUGGUUAAGACAUUGUUAGGCCUAGAUUCAAUCAGAUCAAGUGUAAACCGGCAAUAGCCGACACCCACAUAGCUGAUGUUUUUGCGGUGUCAGAGGUCUAAAUGCAUUGGAGCUGUCAAAUCUGUGAGCAGCUCCUCUUGAUCAUUGUAACGAAGCUACAGCCGUCCCACUCGCGUUAGAAGUUCAGAACGAGAACGUGUAGGCUAUAUAGAAAUAAUGACGCUGAAAUUUGACAUCAUUAAAUGAAAUGAGGAUUUCUAACAGCCUAAUCGAGGUAUAGAUUACAUCUCACAUUCCAGUUUUUGAACUUGAUAUUAUAAAUAUAUUAUUAUUUAUAUUAUUUAUUUUAAACAAGGCUGCAUGGGAUUUAUCUUAAAGCGACUCAUUGCAGCCAAUGGCAAUGUCCGUUUUAGGUAUAAUGCCAGGAGCUGCUUGUGGAUUUGACAGCUCUAACGCAGUUUCACCUCCGACACCGCCAAAACCACCGCUAUGCUCCCGGCUCUCCCAUUUGACCACCUCCUUUGUCCUUUGACCUCCUAAGCACUGAACUUUCUCAACCUUCAGUCUCUUGACCGUCGAUCAACUCAUGACGAUUAAUGUGGGUUUUAAAUUGCUUGUUUUUUGUUGUUGCUUUACAGGGCUUUGAGAUUAAUCUAAUGAAUAGUGCUAUAUAAAAGUUGAUUAAAUUAUUAUUAUGUUGAUGUCGGCUAAAGUGGAUCUGAUUGAAUAGAGCCCUAAAUCUGUGUACUGUGAACCGCUGUACACAAUAAACCACAACAAAACAGAAAAGUGUCGUAAACUUUCUCCUCAAAGCCUUUAUUGUUACACAAAUAUGGACCAGGCAGUGCUGCUGCAAAGUUACACAGAGUAAAGGACAGCGUUUUCAAAUCACAUUGUUAUUAUCAUCACAUCAAACAACAAAUAAAAAAAACGGCACUUCUGUAAAAAACCCUCCUCAGUUCCCCACUUCCUUAUCCUACUACACAAAAUUAAAGCGUUCAGUGAUGUCAUCACACAACACACGAGACAACCCAAUAGCAUUUCGUCAGGCAUAUUCAAUGACAAACAUUGUUCUCCACAUGAUAGAUGCUUGUCCGUCUGGGUUGAUAUGAAACAGGUAGCUGGCUGAUCAUGGAGGUGUUAAGAGCAUCAUUUGUUUAAUAGUCUCAUCCUUUUUCAGAUUGUCAUAGGGAAAUUAGUCAGUCAAAAAUAGAGGCAGUUCAGUAGAUACACUGCUGGUGAUUGAAUGGACCAAGUCACCCUCUGUCUUAAUGGAAAAGUCCCUGAACAUCCAAAGAAUUCAGUCUAUAGCUGGUCAUGCCAGGGAGUUUUUCCAGUGAGGACAGAAGUAAGUGAGCAGAACAAAGCUCAAAGGUGAUCCUAGAGGGAAUUUCCCCUCUUAUCUCACUGCACAUUACAGACAGGUCCAAAUGUUUUAGCAAAACAGUUGUGGGAGUAACGUUCAACUGUGACUUGACCACACAUGGACAAGGAAGGACCAUUUGUGGUUCUGUUUGGGUCGUAUCGUUAACACAAGCAAACAUCGAACCACUGAGUUCAGUGUAGUGUGAAUGGGAGGACUGACUCCACACAGGAAACUGAAACACUGCUAGGAUUUGGACUCGCAUACCUAACAGUCUUACGCUGUUGUACGAAACAUUUCAUUAUGUGUGAGAGACAUUAUUGCAUUAAAGUGUACAAAAUGUAUCUGUAAUAGUCAAUGUUUUCCUAUAUCAUUACUGAGCUUACAUUGGAAAAUGUAAUUGAUAGAGAUCAGAUGUCCAUUGUUCAGGUUGCAGAUAAUACAUGUGUGCUGUGACUACAAUUUGGUGGGUUUGUUCCAUGAAUGAUUCAACGUGUACAUAUGUUGAUAUGUAAUGAUUAUGACAAUUCUGAUGCAGCAAAAACAGUUUUAGGGAGAAAACGACUAAAUGAUACAAAAUGAUUCAAUAAAAAAUAUAUAUUUAAUUGCUUUAAUAAAGUGUCAGUAACUGACAUCAGUCAGAAGUUUGAUGAAACCUCCUACCACAACCAUCUCCAAAUAAUGUACCAUUCCAUAAUCAUCCUCAUGUUCCUCCUCCUCUUAACGUCAAACAAUCAUUCAACUGUCCAACUGUCCCAAUCCACCCUCAGAAGAAUGCAGUACUUUACUCGUUUUCAGUCAACAAAAAUAAAACAGUGGAGGGUCUGCCCUCGUCUUAAAAAAUAAAAAAGCUACUUUUGCACUGGUUAGGCUUCCACAGAGGGAACAAGCACAGCUAUGACCGACUGCGGUCCAACCGGUCUCCCUACCAACCGGUCUCCCUACGAAUGGAAGCCAAGUGACCCAGAGAUAUAAAGAGUAAUUCUGCUCGCCAAAGAGCACUUCUUAAUGUGAUAGAGAAAACAGAAGAGGUAUUUACUGGUCAAAUUCACAAUCCAAAGCUUUGAAAAUGUUAGGAUGAUCAGGCCAGGGUCAAAGGUCACAGGUGAACGGAAGACAGACAGGUGAGGUCAUCGUUAUGACAACCGGAAGCCAAUCCCCUGGAAGACCUGGUUUAUAAAAACGUUUUUUGUUUUGGCUUUCUUGUUUUUUUCCUUACAGGACAAAGCUUCUACCAGAAACAAAACAACAGCGAUUUAACAGUCACCACACAAAAAGAGCUACAGCAGAAGCAAGAAGUCUCAUCCUUCAAAGCGCCACCCUUUCUUCUUUUUUACGCUUGAAAAACUUUUUUUUCUUUAUAUUUUCUGUAAAACACACGGAGUCACACACAUCCACACAUUAUAUUUGUCACAGACAUCAGCCUCUCAUACAGAAUGGGUUCAUCAUACGUACAGUCAAACUUAAUAGGGCUCAGACAGUGUUCUUUUUUAGUUUUUCCAACACCUUUCCGUUUUCACACACUCCUUGGGUUAGCUUACACAAACAGUUUAUAAUGCUGUGGGUUUAGGAUGGUUAGGGUUCUUAGGGGGUUGGGGGUGGGGGAGUCAAUAUGACCCCAUGCUUACAUUAGCUUACAGAAGCAGCAGUAUCAGGCAGCACCUCUGAACACUGUGCUGUGCUGCAUGAUAUCAAUCAGGCACACUUUACCACACAGCCCGAAUAAUGCUUUCAUCAUCUCCAGUUACCGCAAUAAGAUCAUCAACCACAUGAUAACACCUUCUCUUAAUAACACCUUCUCCCUCUCCCCCUCCCCCCCCUAUUGAGUGCAGACUGGUGCACUGCUUUUCUUUCUGGAGAAUUGCUGUGGGUUUUCACACUAUAAGGAGAUUUCAGUGCCAUCAUCCUGGAAUACUGGAAGGUUGGCCUGUGCCUUCUGUUUCUGUCCUCUGGCCCGGCACACACUCCCGGCAGAGGGAGUCUGCUCCAGGCUGCCUCCUCAUGGUGAGUUUUGGCACUGCGGGCAAAGAGGACCGACGGAUCUUUCCACAAGUGGGUUCAGAUUAUCUUUCCACAAGUGGGUUCAGAUUAUAAUUUUUUGCAGUUAUUUAUUUCUUUCAUUUGUUUUUCCCCCCCCCCCUUCUCUCUUUCUUUUGUUCUGUUCAUCUUUCUACAUUCCAUCGAUCACGAGGACGAGCUUCGUCGUGAUAGACGGGGCUCCUUUCUGUCCCUUCCUAUUUAUUUUCUCUUGGUUUAUUUCUUCUUUUUCUUUUUAUUUUGAAGUGUCCAACGAGAGCAACGACAGUAAAAGAGAACGAUAAAUGCCAAAAGCACUUCAUGUCAUGUAGCGGGUGAUCGCUCUCAGAGCGUAGAGCAGUUCCGCCUGCAUACGCGCUUCCAUAAGAAGCAGAUUUACAUGGACCUGGGAAAGGGAAAGAGAGAGUUACAACACAACACUACUCCAUUUACACAGAUCAAACUUUAAAUGCUACCAAUAGAAACAUUAACCCAUGGACCAAUAAGUAAAAUAAAAUAAGAAGUUGUUCCUUCACCUUCUCGGAGUGCUGGAACUGCCUCCAGAAGCUCUCGUACAUUCGUUUGGUGGUCUUCUCCGGGCUGCACACCAUGGUCUUAAUAUAGACCUUAAAGCUGCGGUCUAACAGCUGGUUGAUCUCCCCGUAGUCAUAGUCGUCAUACCUGAGACACACACACAGAGGGAGAUCUGUUAGAGCUACUGAUAAAUACAGUUAUUUCUUUACUAAGUACAUUACCGUACGAAAUGAAUGCAUUUUCUCAAUGUAUUAAACACGUGACAAUAUUCAUGUUUUGAAUCUAGCAUAUGUGAUCUUGGAAUAAAUCAAUUUGUAUUCGUAGAUUUGUGUUUGUAUAGCGCCAGUGAGUGGCGUACCUGAUGCCGAACAUGCAGUGGAUAUAGUUCCAGAUAGCCCUGCGGAGCAUGGAGGUGUCCACGUCUUUAUGCAUGGCCAUGGUGUUGUAGGUCAGGUUGUAGGCCAUCUGGAACUUCUCAUCCAACAGCUGACCAACGUCAGGGUACAGACGGUUCACCAGGGAGUAGCCGUGGUCCUCCCAACUGUAGUCCUGAAGAAGAGGGAGGAGAAAGGAGAAGAAAGCAAGGUGUUAAUCACAAUGUCUGGAUAUCAAUUGGUCAAUCGGAUAGAUACUGCAUAGUGCAACAUUUAGAAAAUGUCAUCUUGAAGCUAUUGAGAAAACUCCACUUUCCUUUAAAACGCCUCUUUCUGUCUCCCUGUUUUUCCGUAAGUGACGGUGUGUGUGUGUGUGUGUGUUAUAUACCUGCACUCUGAAGGUGGGUACGUGUUCUCCUCUCCUGGAGAAGUCCUUGUAGCCGUAGCUGGGGUCUUCAAAGUGCCUGGACACGUCUCUGGACGGCACACACUCCUCGUCCUCUGCUGUGGCCACCAGCAUGCUCUCAGUCUUCUCCCUCUCGAAGCGUGUGGCCAUCUCCUCCUGACUGGCCUCCUCUUCAUCACGACACUCCUGCAGCAGCUUCAUUCUCUCCAUCAGCACCUCCACCUCACCAGACACCUAGACAGGUACACACACACGUUCUUGGGUCAUACAUAGGGUGACCACAACCACAAGAACCACUCAACUCACAACCACACAUCUUUGUCAAAGCCGGUUACUAACAAAACCCCCAGUUUCACUUUCUCUCACACACACACACACACACACACACACACACACCCUCCUCCUUCCUCGCACCUGGUGGCUGCCUCUCUUCUCCUCCAGGUCGUUGCCGUGCCCAUUGUCAUUGGCGAUGUCACAGACCCAGUACUGGCUGACGGAGGGGGGUCUGAAGGUGUGCCCCCCGUCACUGUGGAUCUCAGGGGUGAUGCCACAGCCGAAGGUAAAGGAGGCCAGGGAGUGGUAGUGUGUGAGGAGCACCACGGCAUGGAUCAGCUCAGCCAGGGACCAGCUGUGUUCUUCAGCCUUCAGCAGGUGCUGGGGAGGGGGAGAAGAGAGAGUUGAUAUGUCAGACAGUAGUUUCCUUUGGAUGGAAUCUUUUCUUCUCUGUCCAUUCCUACCCCUUUCAUAUAACUAACCCUGUCAAGUAACAGCUGCAUAACUCUGGUGUGCCUCCACCCAUGAUCUCAGUUACAUAACCCUAACCUGUCCCUUUGUCCAGUCCUGGGUGUGUGUGUCACAGGUCCAGCCCCAGCUGCGUACCUCGAUGUGUGCCUUGGUAAGAAGCCAGGGCCGGUGGGCCAGGAUCUUGUUGAGCUCCCCGAGGGCCUGCAGCUUCUGUGGGGCUCCGUCCAGGCCGUUCAGCCACUUGGGGUCCCCUCCCACCUGGAGGAAGUCGUUGACGUGCAGGUUGACCAGGUAGGAGCACUGGUGUCUGGCCGCAGCCUGGGAGGGAAGAGGGGGAAGGAGAGAGAGUUACGAGACUGUCCAAGAGUGUCUAUGCAGUGGCUAUACCAUGGUAGUGUAGUGGUUAGAGUAGGGGGUAAGGGGCCUCACCAUGAUGCCUAUGUAGUGGCGGUAGUGCAGGGAUAAGGGCCCGUCCAUCUGCAGCAGGUAGUGCUGUGUCCUCAGGAAACUCUCCAGGUACUGUGGGUGGAAGCCCAUCACCAAGGAGAUGUUGUCAAGACGACCCAGUGCAGCGAAUGCGUCCUCGAAUAUCGAUUGUGUCCUCGGAUCUACUUUACUGAUUUGAAGGAUCUGGUGCCAGAGAGCCAGUAAAUUAAUUUUUACUCUCAAUCACUUAUUGAUAUAAUAUGGCACUUUAAUGUAUUGUAAUGGUAAGUAAAAGGUGAGUAAUACUUUUCAUAAGUAUAGAAAAAUCCUUUGUGGUACAUAAAGCUGUUGUUCUCCUUACCUCUUUUUCAGGGAUAAAUCUACUUGGUCCAUUCCCCAGUGGUCUUGGUAUCCGUACUCCUGAGUCCUGCAAGACAAAAAGAGUACAGAAACACAUUAUAGUUCUGCAAGAACCAAAUGCAACAGCAUGCCAACCGUGCUCAGUGGAGUCAAAUGCCUAAAUGCUGUUUUUAGUACCAUUUUGGCUGCGAGCCCUGACCGAGUAAUAUUGUACUACCUUCUGCAAGAUACAUCUCUCCCCUCUCUCCACUAGACCACAUACUCGCUCUACAGUCGGGUUGGAGCAUUGCAAGCCCAGCCUGUGCAAAAGAGAAAUCCAACUCGCUUUGUUCACAAUUUCGCUGCAGCAAGCUGCCAUAACAGUAGUCUCUAGAAAUGCGACAAAAGUCUCAAAAUACACAAAUCAAACACUUGAUAGAUACAAUGUAUCAUGCGUGCUGAGGUUAUGUAACCACUUGCAGUUUGAAAACAUUUGAUAUACACUUGAUACGUUUUAAUAAUACCCUAAUUCAUACAUUAUAUGACACAAAGUUAUUCGGAAAGGCUCGCAUACUAAAGGAUGUUAUUAAAGGAACAAAUUCAAGAAAUGAUUGACAUCACAUUAAACAGCCAACUGUCAGCAAACUGUCAACUUAAGAAGUCGCUGAUCACGACAUGUUCCCUAGGGGCUCCAUAGAUAGCUCCGUUCGUGUCCCUCUGCGCAGCGCAAUGAACUGGUAGAAUGAAUGACCUAGAAGACUCCGGGCCGAAGAUUGCUAGAAAGCGACAACACUGUCUCGCAUUCAAAGACACCAACCGAAAAAUUGAGCUAAGAGCAUAUACCGAAUAGCAGAGUUGACAAUAUGAUGACAAAGCAGGCGAAUAAAUGUAGAGCUUUGACAAGCAACGCAAACUCCUCAAACGCAUAAACAAGAUUGGACACAAAAGAAAAGACUGCACUGCAGUUCCUUCACUCGCAGCCACAGAAAAACUGUCUAAAGGGACAUGAAUUUGUCACACAUUAAUACUCUAAAUUCCACAACGACGGUGCACAUAGUUUUAAAAACAUGCAUUCACUGUCAAAAGCAUUUGCCCUUUAUUUUCCUUUUCGCUUACCUUUUUGCUUAGCCGUUCACAAUGAGUGCAUAUUUUAUAUAAGUCUGUUACUGUAAAUGAAUUAUUUUCCAUGGUUUCUGUUGCUGCAGUUGCGUGCCUCAUAAUGUGUCCUCAGUGCGAUCUUGUGUUUCAGGUAUAAAAAUGUAAAGGUAUAUUUAAAUGGAUGUUUCCUUUCUCGCUUUGUUCCUUCAGGCACUGGGUAAAGUGCUCAGUUGUCAGCUGUUGCAGCCCCACAGCAGAAUCCCGUUCGAUCUCAGCGCACACACUCCGUAAAUAAACUGAGCCCUGGUUGACUGACGUGCACAACAGCCAAUCGAAAGGCGAAAACAACCUCCAUUCAUCCAAUGAGGUAUAAGGGGACGGAGAAAGGAGGCGUGAACCGUGCGGAGAGAGGAUCUAAACAUGAGCGCAGAGCGAGCCCCCAAGAAAACAUAAUCAAUCAUGUCUCUCCUUUUGUUCCCUGCUUCUGCCAUUGAUCAUGACAAUGGAAAUCGACUGGCCACCAUCCCUCUGCAGCGCACAAUGUGUGCAUUAAUCCUUAAGAGUCAAUCUAAGUAACAUAAUAAACAAAUCCCCAUCAAAAUCCAUCAAUGUAAACUAGUAUGGGCUGCGUCUUGUUUUGUGCCAACAAAAAUAAGGGGUUAAAUAUGUGUCCAAAAAAAUAUUUCCCGAGCUUUCUUAUAUCUCCUAGAUAUAGCACAAGACACUUCAAAACCUUAUUCCUUGAUGAUUCAUUUUUUCACAUACUUUUUUUUUGCCAUUUAUGAAUGUGUUAUUCAAUGCGUUUCUAUGGGCUAUAGUAGUAAAGGCCAGUAUCUAUAUUUUAUCAAAUAAUAAAAAAGAAAAAAAUUAUACCUAAAGGGGUCCUACAAUUCUAAAUCAAAUAGCUAAAUGAUCCAUGGUAUGACCAUCUUAAAACAAUUCCAUAUGUUAGCUUAGUUACACCCCCAUGUUUUCCGUACAUGUACUUCACUUGUAACAAGCUAAAAGUUUGCUAGUUGGAGUCUGUGUGCGUACCUCAGUUUGUACCACCGCACGGUAAAGCAAUGCAUGCGGUACACAGAACGCACCGCAGCCUAGUGUGGCACCCCCUAUGUAGCAUUGCGGACUGCUCCAUUGGCAAUUAAUUACUUUUGUCGGAACGCAAAGAGUUUGAUGCAUCUGGUGGACAUGAGCCUUAACUUUGAGCCAGUUAAGGCAAGGCCCAGGGUAGGCUACUUUUCUGCCUACAUUUACAUAACAAUGGCUAACUGUGAACUUUAACCAAGGACUGACGAAGGGGCAUAGACUUCGGCUACUGAAAUUCAGCUUGCAAAAAUAAAAAUAAUUGUGUGCACGAACAGUAAAAAAAAAACCUUGCCGAAGACCAAAACGAAUAAAAACAUCUCAAAAUGUUGUCAUAAUAUAUGCACAAACAGUUCCGAACUGUUUCGGAUGGGAAGCAUGCGGAGGCCUUUAGACCAACAGAGCUCAGAUAAAGCAGCCCAGGCCUAAACCAAUCAGACAGGCUGUAUGGCACCUCAAACAAACCUAACAGGAAGUCUAGAUAAGACAGGCAACGGUUCCCUCUCUGGCUCUAUCAUAGAGCCUGUCAAUAUAGACACAGCCUGGAUGAUGUCACCAGCCACCUGUGUUGGUGUUUUACUGUAUUGUACCCUGAAUAUUUACAAGUAAUUUAUGAGUAAUUCAUAAUGCUGUUUUGUCAGAUGGUAGGAGCAUGAAUAUGAGGUUUGGUCCGGAUAUGACUACUCAAAAAAGGUCUUGCAGUGGAAUGAAAUCUAAAUAUCUGACAAUUGUCUUAUACAUUAGUGGUGGUAAAUAGCGUAUGCAUAAUUGGGAUAGUUGCUUAUUGCUGCAGCACAGCACAGCUAGCUAGGCAGGCCUGAGUGAGUCAUGUGUGUUCCAUGGCUGAGAUGCCAACAACAACGUCUUUACAAGCAUGUUACACAAUGCCACUGGCAUAUCAACUCUAUCUAAUAAUAAAUUCAAGGUGGGGGUGGCAGUGGGUUUGGGGAGUGGGUGGUGGGCAGGGGGAAGAACCAAAUAAAAACCUGACAAACAAGUUAUAUUAGGUAACAAGGAGGUGGUGGUGUGAGGGAGCCCAGAUCGUUAUCGGUUAUCACAAGGCCGAGCCGAUCCAAGCUCCAAUUCAAUACUCUGUUUAAGGGCCUGGCCUUCUGGUUGAUUUGGCACUGGCUGGCUGCAAGUCAGUCCCCUGGCUGAUAGAUAGCACACCAUUCAGCAGGUUCAUUGUGUGACAGUGCCCCCCUCCCUCUCUCCCCCCUCCCUGUUACCCCCAGAGAGGGGUGGGGGUCAUGGUAAAUAUGCCCUGGGGCUGGAGUCAGCACUCUGCAGUUUCCCAGCAGCAGUAGCAGCACAGUGAGUAUGUGAGCCCCAUGGCUCAGCAAAGUUGCAGAGCAGAAGAGGCCUGGUCAGCGUUCGGCUUACGACACCAUCUUUUCACAUAAAAGCGCUAGGCUAGGCCAGGGCCCCGACUGGCCCAAACACUAUUGUCAGGGGUGUACACAUCACGACCACCCAGCAGCCACUCUUGGGGCUUUACUGUACCCAUGCCAGCCAGAGGCAGAGUGCGGGCGGGGCGGGGGUAAGAGUGGGUUAUGAUAACAUCAUGAUGAUUAGUUACACUGCAGUGGGAGGCUAGUGGAGAUCCUGCAGGGAUCCUUCUCAAGACAGUUCUCACAGUGCAAAUCAGUGCAGAUGGUGAGCCUCAGAUGAAGAGAUAGAGGGAUUGGACGGUAGAGCUGGAGUGAACUCUUCUUUAAUUCCGUCAGAUCAAACUCCGUUUGGAACUGACCCCAUUCAUUUAGCCAUCAUUUUCUGAGGACUUUUGGACUCCUGAACUAACCGAAUUGACAUGGUAUAUGAGCCAUCCCAUUAGUCCUGCGGUAUUAGGAAUAGGGGCCUUGUUAAAUUACUUGGGUCUCCAGAGACCCCUGGUCCUCAGUGGUCCUCUCUUUAUUGAGUCUGAAUGAGCUGUCUAACUGAUGAUGCACAAACCACCCGCACACAAUAAUAUCCUAUUGUUACAAAAGACUGGGAAUACAUUCUACAGAUAAGACCGAAACAAUGGUAGAUAUGGACCGCAUAUGAACAGAUUAUCUAUACAAAUUAGAUAUUUGGGUGGGGGGGCUGGGGUUUGAGAGAAGUAUGUUAGUAAAUAGUUAACUAACAGAUCUCUAUCACAUCAAUACAACCGGUUUGUGAUGAGUAUUUUUUUGGACAGGAUAAUAGUAAUUGAGAUUCGAGUGGGCCCUGAAUAAAUAAAGAACGAGAGCAAACAUCAGUCCAGUCACAAGUUCAAGCUCCAGUUUUGAAUUCUGAAAUGUUGAUCCCUCUCAACUUGAAAUUCAACUAACAUAAAAGGACAACAACAAGAGGAGUUUGAGUGCCAUUCUCUUCACUGGGAAAGUGUUACUGUACCUACUCUAGAAAUAUGUAUUUUUUCAUUUUAACAGAAUACUUAAAGUAGCAUUUAAACACUUGGGCAUUUUGGAUUUUUUUGGUGAAAAAAGUUAACAAAGAAGGAAAUGAACGUAUUGUUUUAUUGCGCAAACAUUUGAGCUGCUUUUAACAAUAAAAAGGAGGAUGAAAGUCAAAGGGAUUAAAAGAGAGAAAAAGAAAGAGAGAGAGGAAGCCAAAGCUAAAUCUGUGCACAUAUAGUAUGUGCCCCAGAAGUGGCUGCAGUGUUUUUCAAAUGCAAUUAGAAGAGAAGAGAGCGGAGAGCGAAAGAAAACCACAAAACAGUGGGGAUGUUCAACAAGUGGUAGAAGUCCUCCUAACCAGUUCAAACCUGACCUAUCGCUUCGCAGAGAGAGGAAGCGAAAAACUCCCACCCUCACAAUGACAUAAGCCUAGCAACAGGCUUCCACCAAUUACAGGCUAGAACAACACUUACAGGGGCCAAUCUUUUUUCUCACUCUCCCUCUCUCCUUCCUCUGGGGAAAAAAAGAGAAUUAAAGGUUUUGCUAGAGCAUGAAGUUGUGUGCACAAGCAUAUCUGGUCUAUAUAAUAGUUUGACUAACUUUUCACUUUACAAACAAAUUGUCCCAGAACGUUUUUAAGAGCUGUUUUCAGUGCAAGUGUGUAUGUAAGUGCAUGUGUGUUGGUGUGUGUGCGUGGGUGAGUAACAAGUAGACUUCUAUUCUCACUGUGAACACGAAACCAUAUGCCGCAGCUUGACCCAGAGCGGUUUCACAAAAACAACCCAUAUCUCUUAUCCCAAAUCAACAGUGUACUGUAUGCAGCAUGCAUAUUCCUUAUGUGACUUUGUUUCUCUCUGUCAUUGCAUGUUGUUUAGAGUUGAGGCUCUCUAGUAGUUGGUAACGUCUGUUUAAACUUAAUGGAAGGGAGAUGAAUCAACACAGUGUAUACCGUAAAACUUAUAUUAAUAGUGCUUAUUUGCUUCAAUCACUGAACACAACCGGCGCUUAUUACAGACAGGCUUCUAUUUGAGCAAGGCGUCUAUUUCCGUAAUGCAGAGCACACAGCGUUUGCUCAAGCUCCUCGCUAACCUUUUUCCUUCCCCCACCUUGCAGUGUCGCCCUCUUCUGCUCCACCUCAGACAAACGUUGAAGUUCAACUUUUUUUUACUCUUGUUCAUGUGCAAAGAGUGAAAACUGCAGACUAAGUAGGUAUUCUCCCCCUUUUCCUCUGACUCUCCCUCUUUAUCACUCACUCUGUCGCUCCCCCACUCUUCAAACAAGGCUCUUGGUUCAAGCCAUUCCAUUCCAUCACAAAGCAGUUAGCAUAACGGCUAUGACUUGGCAUAACCCUUAUGUCCCCAUCCAGGUCUACUUUGAAGUACAGGACAAUUGGACUUUAUGCUUCAUUAAAAUGUCAAACUUUCAAAUUGUAAAAAAUUGUAACUCAAUUGCUUGCUUUUCUGUGUUUGUGCAGCUGCUUAGCUACAGUGGGGAGAACAAGUAUUUGAUACACUGCCGAUUUUGCAGGUUUUCCUACUUACAAAGCAUGUAGAGGUCUGUAAUUGUUAUCAUAGGUACACUUCAACUGUGAGAGACGGAAGCUAAAACAAAAAUCCAGAAAAUCACAUUGUAUGAUUUUUAAAUAAUUAAUUUGCAUUUUAUUGCAUGACAUAAGUAUUUGAUCACCUACCAACCAGUAAGAAUUCUGGCUCUCACAGACCUGUUAGUUUUUCUUUAAGAAGCCCUCCUGUUCUCCACUCAUUACCUGUAUUAACUGCACCUGUUUGAACUUGUUACCUGUAUAAAAGACACCUGUCCACACACUCAAUCAAACAGACUCCAACCUCUCCACAAUGGCCAAGACCAGAGAGCUGUGUAAGGACAUCAGGGAUAAAAUUGUAGACCUGCACAAGGCUGGGAUGGGCUACAGGACAAUAGGCAAGCAGCUUGGUGAGAAGGCAACAACUGUUGGCGCAAUUAUUAGAAAAUGGAAGAAGUUCAAGAUGACGGUCAAUCACCCUCGGUCUGGGGCUCCAUGCAAGAUCUCACCUCGUGGGGCAUCAAUGAUCAUGAGGAAGGUGAGGGAUCAGCCCAGAACUACACGGCAGGACCUGGUCAAUGACCUGAAGAGAGCUGGGACCACAGUCUCAAAGAAAACCAUUAGUAACACACUAUGCCGUCAUGGAUUAAAAUCCUGCAGCGCACGCAAGGUCCCCCUGCUCAAGCCAGCGCAUGUCCAGGCCCGUCUGAAGUUUGCCAAUGACCAUCUGGAUGAUCCAGAGGAGGAAUGGGAGAAGGUCAUGUGGUCUGAUGAGACAAAAAUAUAGCUUUUUGGUCUAAACUCCACUCACCGUGUUUGGAGGAAGAAGAAGGAUGAGUACAACCCCAAGAACACCAUCCCAACCGUGAAGCAUGGAGGUGGAAACAUCAUUCUUUGGGGAUGCUUUUCUGCAAAGGGGACAGGAUGACUGCACCGUAUUGAGGGGAGGAUGGAUGGGGCCAUGUAUCGCAAGAUCUUGGCCAACAACCUCCUUCCCUCAGUAAGAGCAUUGAAGAUGGAUCGUGGCUGGGUCUUCCAGCAUGACAACGACCCGAAACACACAGCCAGGGCAACUAAGGAGUGGCUCCGUAAGAAGCAUCUCAAGGUCCUGGAGUGGCCUAGCCAGUCUCCAGACCUGAACCUAAUAGAAAAUCUUUGGAGGGAGCUGAAAGUCCGUAUUGCCUAGCGACAGCCCCGAAACCUGAAGGAUCUGGAGAAGGUCUGUAUGGAGGAGUGGGCCAAAAUCCCUGCUGCAGUGUGUGCAAACCUGGUCAAGACCGACAGGAAACGUAUGAUCUCUGUAAUUGUAAACAAUGGUUUCUGUACCAAAUAUUAAGUUCUGCUUUUCUGAUGUAUCAAAUACUUAUGUCAUGCAAUAAAAUGCAAAUUAAUUACUUAAAAAUCAUACAAUGUGAUUUUCUGGAUUUUUGUUUUAGAUUCCGUCUCUCACAGUUGAAGUGUACCUAUGAUAAAAAUUACAGACCUCCACAUGCUUUGUAAGUAGGAAAACCAGCAAAAUCGGCAGUGUAUCAAAUACUUGUUCUCCCCACUGUAUAUUGUAUACCUAAAGAUGAUGAACCUUGAGUCAUAUGUUGGUGUGGAUCAGUGGUCCUCUAUGUAGCCUAACAACGAUCCCUACCAGUGAGAACUGAAGGAACUAUUACACUGGUAGGGGCGUGGAUCAGAAAACCAGUCAGUAUCUGAUAUGGCCACCAUUUACAUCAUGCAGCACGACACAUCUCCUUCGCAUAGAGUUGAUCAGGCUGUUGAUUGUGGCCUGUGGAAUGUUGUCCCACUCCUCUUCAAUGGAUGUGCGAAGUUGCUGGAUAUUAGCAGGAACUACAACACGCUGUCGUACACGUCGAUCCAGAGCAUCCCAAACAUGCUCAAUGGGUGACAUGUCUGGUGAGUAUGCUGGUCAUGGAAGAACUGGGACAUUGUCAGCUUCCAGGAAUUGUGUACAGAUCCUUGCGACAUGGGGCCGUGCAUUAUCAUGCAGAAACAUGAGGUGAUGGCGGUGGAUGAAUGGCACGACAAUGGGCCUCAGGAUCUCGUCACGGUAUCACUGUGUAUUCAAAUUGCCAUCGAUAAAAUGCAAUUGUGUCCGUUGUCCAUAGCUUAUGCCUGUCAAUACCAUAACCCCACCGCCACCAUGGGGCACUCUGUUCAUAACGUUGACAUCAGCAAAUCGCUCGCCCACAUGACGCCAUACAUGUCGUCUGCCAUCUGCCCGGUACAGUUGAAACCGGGAUUCAUCCGUGAAGAGCACAUUUCUCCAGCGUUCCAGUGGCCAUCGAAGGUGGGCAUUUGCCCACUGAGCCGAACUGCAGUCAGGUCAAUACCCUGUUGAGAACAACGAGCACGCAGAUGAGCUUCCCUGAGACGUUUUCUGACAGUUUGUGCAGAAAUUCUUCGGUUGUGUAAACCCACAGUUUCAUCAGCUGUCCAGGUGGCUGGUCUCAGACGAUCCCGCAGGUGAAGAAGCCGGAUGUGGAGGUCCUGGACUGGCGUGGUCUGCGUUUGUGAGGCCGGUUGGACGUACUGCCAAUGUCACGCCCUGGCUCUGGGGACUAUGUUAUGUUGAGCCAGGGUAUGUAAGUCUAUGUUUGUAUAUCUAUGUGGGCCUGAGUGACUCCCAAUCAGAGGCAACGAGUGUCAGCUGGUUGUCUCUGAUUGGGAGCCAUAUUUAACUAUCGGUCUUUUCACUUUGUGUUGUGGUUUCUUGUUCCGUUAAGGUUUGUUCGUGUUGUAACCUUAGACGUCACGCAUCGUUGGUUAUUGUUUUGAUCGUGUGAUCAGUUAAUAAAUAUAUAUUAUGUUCACCUUCAAUGCUGCGCAUUGGUCCUCUCUCGUAGACGAGCGUGACAGAAGAAACCACCAGAACUGGACCAAGCAGCCUAGUGAGGAGCAGAGUAGGUGGACUUGGCAACAGUGGAGGCAGAGCUUCGACUGGGUCAAGCCGAAUGAGGAGCUGAAUGACGGAGAUUGGAAGCAGAGGAGCGAGAGGUGGGCGAGAAUUAUCGAGGCCUGGCCCACGGGGAAGAGAGACUCCCAGAAAUUUUUUAGGGGGGGGCUCACGACGUCGGACCAGCAGGAGGCCGCGAUAGAGCGGCCCAGUGGGUUGCCAGAGGAGGCCGCCAGGUUACGGGGGCCACUGGUCGAAGAGGGGAUGGAGGAUGUAGAGGCACGGCGAGAGGUACUGGCGUGUGUUGCCAGUCCGGUCCGGCCCGUUCCAGAUCCCGGUGUAGGGCCAGUGGUGUGUGUCCCCAGUACGGUCCGGUCUAUUCCUGCUCCCCGCACCAAGUCAGGGGUGCGCAUCGUCAGCCCGGUUCGGCCCGUUCCUACUCCACGCACCAAGCCUACGGUGUGCGUCGACAGCCCAGCCCGGCCCGGCCCGUUCCUGCUCUCCGCACCAAGUCUGUGGUGCGCGUCGCCAGCCCAGUCCGGCCUGUCCCUGCUCCACGCACCAAGCCUACGGUGUGCGUCGUCAGCCUGGUAAGGCCCGUUCCUCCUCCACGCACCAAGCCAGGGGUGCGCGUCGUCAGUCCAGCACAACCCGUGCCUGGGUCAUGUCCGGAGCCGGAUCCGCCGCCGAGGCGGAGUGCCCACCCGGUCCCUCCCCUGUUGUGGUUGUUUGGCGCGGUCGGAGUCCGCGCCUUUGGGGGGGGGUACUGUCACGCCCUGGCUCUGGGGACUAUGUUAUGUUGAGCCAGGGUAUGUAAGUCUAUGUUUGUAUAUCUAUGUGGGCCUGAGUGACUCCCAAUCAGAGGCAACGAGUGUCAGCUGGUUGUCUCUGAUUGGGAGCCAUAUUUAACUAUCGGUCUUUUCACUUUGUGUUGUGGUUUCUUGUUCCGUUAAGGUUUGUUCGUGUUGUAACCUUAGACGUCACGCAUCGUUGGUUAUUGUUUUGAUCGUGUGAUCAGUUAAUAAAUAUAUAUUAUGUUCACCUUCAAUGCUGCGCAUUGGUCCUCUCUCGUAGACGAGCGUGACAGAAGAAACCACCAGAACUGGACCAAGCAGCCUAGUGAGGAGCAGAGUAGGUGGACUUGGCAACAGUGGAGGCAGAGCUUCGACUGGGUCAAGCCGAAUGAGGAGCUGAAUGACGGAGAUUGGAAGCAGAGGAGCGAGAGGUGGGCGAGAAUUAUCGAGGCCUGGCCCACGGGGAAGAGAGACUCCCAGAAAUUUUUUAGGGGGGGGCUCACGACGUCGGACCAGCAGGAGGCCGCGAUAGAGCGGCCCAGUGGGUUGCCAGAGGAGGCCGCCAGGUUACGGGGGCCACUGGUCGAAGAGGGGAUGGAGGAUGUAGAGGCACGGCGAGAGGUACUGGCGUGUGUUGCCAGUCCGGUCCGGCCCGUUCCAGAUCCCGGUGUAGGGCCAGUGGUGUGUGUCCCCAGUACGGUCCGGUCUAUUCCUGCUCCCCGCACCAAGUCAGGGGUGCGCAUCGUCAGCCCGGUUCGGCCCGUUCCUACUCCACGCACCAAGCCUACGGUGUGCGUCGACAGCCCAGCCCGGCCCGUUCCUGCUCUCCGCACCAAGUCUGUGGUGCGCGUCGCCAGCCCAGUCCGGCCUGUCCCUGCUCCACGCACCAAGCCUACGGUGUGCGUCGUCAGCCUGGUAAGGCCCGUUCCUCCUCCACGCACCAAGCCAGGGGUGCGCGUCGUCAGUCCAGCACAACCCGUGCCUGGGUCAUGUCCGGAGCCGGAUCCGCCGCCGAGGCGGAGUGCCCACCCGGUCCCUCCCCUGUUGUGGUUGUUUGGCGCGGUCGGAGUCCGCGCCUUUGGGGGGGGGUACUGUCACGCCCUGGCUCUGGGGACUAUGUUAUGUUGAGCCAGGGUAUGUAAGUCUAUGUUUGUAUAUCUAUGUGGGCCUGAGUGACUCCCAAUCAGAGGCAACGAGUGUCAGCUGGUUGUCUCUGAUUGGGAGCCAUAUUUAACUAUCGGUCUUUUCACUUUGUGUUGUGGUUUCUUGUUCCGUUAAGGUUUGUUCGUGUUGUAACCUUAGACGUCACGCAUCGUUGGUUAUUGUUUUGAUCGUGUGAUCAGUUAAUAAAUAUAUAUUAUGUUCACCUUCAAUGCUGCGCAUUGGUCCUCUCUCGUAGACGAGCGUGACAGAAGAAACCACCAGAACUGGACCAAGCAGCCUAGUGAGGAGCAGAGUAGGUGGACUUGGCAACAGUGGAGGCAGAGCUUCGACUGGGUCAAGCCGAAUGAGGAGCUGAAUGACGGAGAUUGGAAGCAGAGGAGCGAGAGGUGGGCGAGAAUUAUCGAGGCCUGGCCCACGGGGAAGAGAGACUCCCAGAAAUUUUUUAGGGGGGGGCUCACGACGUCGGACCAGCAGGAGGCCGCGAUAGAGCGGCCCAGUGGGUUGCCAGAGGAGGCCGCCAGGUUACGGGGGCCACUGGUCGAAGAGGGGAUGGAGGAUGUAGAGGCACGGCGAGAGGUACUGGCGUGUGUUGCCAGUCCGGUCCGGCCCGUUCCAGAUCCCGGUGUAGGGCCAGUGGUGUGUGUCCCCAGUACGGUCCGGUCUAUUCCUGCUCCCCGCACCAAGUCAGGGGUGCGCAUCGUCAGCCCGGUUCGGCCCGUUCCUACUCCACGCACCAAGCCUACGGUGUGCGUCGACAGCCCAGCCCGGCCCGGCCCGUUCCUGCUCUCCGCACCAAGUCUGUGGUGCGCGUCGCCAGCCCAGUCCGGCCUGUCCCUGCUCCACGCACCAAGCCUACGGUGUGCGUCGUCAGCCUGGUAAGGCCCGUUCCUCCUCCACGCACCAAGCCAGGGGUGCGCGUCGUCAGUCCAGCACAACCCGUGCCUGGGUCAUGUCCGGAGCCGGAUCCGCCGCCGAGGCGGAGUGCCCACCCGGUCCCUCCCCUGUUGUGGUUGUUUGGCGCGGUCGGAGUCCGCGCCUUUGGGGGGGGGUACUGUCACGCCCUGGCUCUGGGGACUAUGUUAUGUUGAGCCAGGGUAUGUAAGUCUAUGUUUGUAUAUCUAUGUGGGCCUGAGUGACUCCCAAUCAGAGGCAACGAGUGUCAGCUGGUUGUCUCUGAUUGGGAGCCAUAUUUAACUAUCGGUCUUUUCACUUUGUGUUGUGGUUUCUUGUUCCGUUAAGGUUUGUUCGUGUUGUAACCUUAGACGUCACGCAUCGUUGGUUAUUGUUUUGAUCGUGUGAUCAGUUAAUAAAUAUAUAUUAUGUUCACCUUCAAUGCUGCGCAUUGGUCCUCUCUCGUAGACGAGCGUGACAGAAGAAACCACCAGAACUGGACCAAGCAGCCUAGUGAGGAGCAGAGUAGGUGGACUUGGCAACAGUGGAGGCAGAGCUUCGACUGGGUCAAGCCGAAUGAGGAGCUGAAUGACGGAGAUUGGAAGCAGAGGAGCGAGAGGUGGGCGAGAAUUAUCGAGGCCUGGCCCACGGGGAAGAGAGACUCCCAGAAAUUUUUUAGGGGGGGGCUCACGACGUCGGACCAGCAGGAGGCCGCGAUAGAGCGGCCCAGUGGGUUGCCAGAGGAGGCCGCCAGGUUACGGGGGCCACUGGUCGAAGAGGGGAUGGAGGAUGUAGAGGCACGGCGAGAGGUACUGGCGUGUGUUGCCAGUCCGGUCCGGCCCGUUCCAGAUCCCGGUGUAGGGCCAGUGGUGUGUGUCCCCAGUACGGUCCGGUCUAUUCCUGCUCCCCGCACCAAGUCAGGGGUGCGCAUCGUCAGCCCGGUUCGGCCCGUUCCUACUCCACGCACCAAGCCUACGGUGUGCGUCGACAGCCCAGCCCGGCCCGUUCCUGCUCUCCGCACCAAGUCUGUGGUGCGCGUCGCCAGCCCAGUCCGGCCUGUCCCUGCUCCACGCACCAAGCCUACGGUGUGCGUCGUCAGCCUGGUAAGGCCCGUUCCUCCUCCACGCACCAAGCCAGGGGUGCGCGUCGUCAGUCCAGCACAACCCGUGCCUGGGUCAUGUCCGGAGCCGGAUCCGCCGCCGAGGCGGAGUGCCCACCCGGUCCCUCCCCUGUUGUGGUUGUUUGGCGCGGUCGGAGUCCGCGCCUUUGGGGGGGGGGUACUGUCACGCCCUGGCUCUGGGGACUAUGUUAUGUUGAGCCAGGGUAUGUAAGUCUAUGUUUGUAUAUCUAUGUGGGCCUGAGUGACUCCCAAUCAGAGGCAACGAGUGUCAGCUGGUUGUCUCUGAUUGGGAGCCAUAUUUAACUAUCGGUCUUUUCACUUUGUGUUGUGGUUUCUUGUUCCGUUAAGGUUUGUUCGUGUUGUAACCUUAGACGUCACGCAUCGUUGGUUAUUGUUUUGAUCGUGUGAUCAGUUAAUAAAUAUAUAUUAUGUUCACCUUCAAUGCUGCGCAUUGGUCCUCUCUCGUAGACGAGCGUGACAGAAGAAACCACCAGAACUGGACCAAGCAGCCUAGUGAGGAGCAGAGUAGGUGGACUUGGCAACAGUGGAGGCAGAGCUUCGACUGGGUCAAGCCGAAUGAGGAGCUGAAUGACGGAGAUUGGAAGCAGAGGAGCGAGAGGUGGGCGAGAAUUAUCGAGGCCUGGCCCACGGGGAAGAGAGACUCCCAGAAAUUUUUUAGGGGGGGGCUCACGACGUCGGACCAGCAGGAGGCCGCGAUUAGAGCGGCCCAGUGGGUUGCCAGAGGAGGCCGCCAGGUUACGGGGGCCACUGGUCGAAGAGGGGAUGGAGGAUGUAGAGGCACGGCGAGAGGUACUGGCGUGUGUUGCCAGUCCGGUCCGGCCCGUUCCAGAUCCCGGUGUAGGGCCAGUGGUGUGUGUCCCCAGUACGGUCCGGUCUAUUCCUGCUCCCCGCACCAAGUCAGGGGUGCGCAUCGUCAGCCCGGUUCGGCCCGUUCCUACUCCACGCACCAAGCCUACGGUGUGCGUCGACAGCCCAGCCCGGCCCGUUCCUGCUCUCCGCACCAAGUCUGUGGUGCGCGUCGCCAGCCCAGUCCGGCCUGUCCCUGCUCCACGCACCAAGCCUACGGUGUGCGUCGUCAGCCUGGUAAGGCCCGUUCCUCCUCCACGCACCAAGCCAGGGGUGCGCGUCGUCAGUCCAGCACAACCCGUGCCUGGGUCAUGUCCGGAGCCGGAUCCGCCGCCGAGGCGGAGUGCCCACCCGGUCCCUCCCCUGUUGUGGUUGUUUGGCGCGGUCGGAGUCCGCGCCUUUGGGGGGGGGUACUGUCACGCCCUGGCUCUGGGGACUAUGUUAUGUUGAGCCAGGGUAUGUAAGUCUAUGUUUGUAUAUCUAUGUGGGCCUGAGUGACUCCCAAUCAGAGGCAACGAGUGUCAGCUGGUUGUCUCUGAUUGGGAGCCAUAUUUAACUAUCGGUCUUUUCACUUUGUGUUGUGGUUUCUUGUUCCGUUAAGGUUUGUUCGUGUUGUAACCUUAGACGUCACGCAUCGUUGGUUAUUGUUUUGAUCGUGUGAUCAGUUAAUAAAUAUAUAUUAUGUUCACCUUCAAUGCUGCGCAUUGGUCCUCUCUCGUAGACGAGCGUGACAGCCAAAUUCUCUAAAAUGUACAUUACAUUCUCUGGCAACAGCUCUGGUGGACAUUCCUGCAGUCAGCAUGCCAAUUGCACAAUCCCUCAAAACUUGAUACAUCUAUAACAUUAUAUUGUGUGACAAAACUGCACAUUUUAGAGUGGCCUUUUAUUGUCCCCAGCACAAGGUGCACCUGUGUAAUGCUCAUGCUGUUUAAUCAGCUUCUUGAUAUGUCACACCUGUCAGGUGGAUGGAUUAUCUUGGCAAAGGAGAAAUGCUCACUAACAGGGAUGUAAACAAAUUUGUGCACCAAAUUUGAGAGGAAUAAACUUUUUGUGCGUAUAGAACAUUUCUGGGAUCUUUUAUUUCAGCUCAUGAAACAUGGGACCAACACUUUACAUGUUGUGUUUACAUGUCUGUUCAGUGUAGUCUAAUAAAUCAAUUUAAUAUAGCCUACACCAUCACAAUAAAUCAAUUAUUUAUUUUAGACAGGUCUAAAAAAACAUGAUAUGAAGAAAAUGUAAUCUAUUUCAGAAGAACAGAAUAGCAUAAUCUAAGCUGUCCUUAUGUUAGGCCCUGAUAUGGCUAUGCCAUAUGACUGUGGUCAACACUAGUUCAUUUAGCAGACAAGAUUUGCUUAGAAUUCCGUGGCAUUAUUAUUGAACAUAGCUUUAUAAAAAAGAAAUAAUAUUUUCUCCAAAUGAUUUCCAAGGAAGUGCGCACAUGCGGCUAUUCUGUGUUGAGCGGUUAACAAAGAAACAGGUCCUCCUUUAUGCUUAAUUUAGAGUUAUUUAUGCAACUUUAGUUGUGAUACAAAUGUUGGGCUAUAUAUUUCGAUUUUUGAUACAUUCUUAGGCUGCAUGAUGCGACUCUAAUGAUGAUUUGAAAAAAGUUGUAUCAAAGGUAAGCGCUCUGCUCUGUUUCUUGCGCAGGCUGCACACACUUCAUCAUUCUCUCAUUCACAAUUUGACAAGCACUUGAUAAUAUUCUCACCAGGCAUAAUAUUCCCGGCGGCAUCCCCCUUGUGUGGCCGUAAUGGCCCCUAAAAAAUCCAUGCCUUUUAAUAAUAAUAAUAAUAAUAUGCCAUUUAGCAGACGCUUUUAUCCAAAGCGACUUACAGUUAUGCGUGCAUACAUUAUAUAUAUUUUUUGUGUAUGGGUGGUCCCGGGGAUCGAACCCACUACCUUGGCGUUACAAGCGCCGUGCUCUACCAGCUGAGCUACAGAGGACCACAGUGGCCACAGUGGCCGUUGUGCCCUUGGGCUGAAUAUAAUUAUAAUUCCCUUCUCCCGGCUGCCGUGCUCCGAAGCACCUCUCACUCACAUGGCUCUCUCAGAUAGCCCAAUUCUUAUUAGCAAAUGCCCGUCACAUGAUUGGUUCCUUCUCAAAAGGUAUCUCAGCUAAGAAGUAGGCUACAAGUGAAGACAGACACGUCGGCGACCAUUAUCAUGCACCUGUCUCGGAAACGGGCAUGAAAAGAAAGAAACAUGUCAUCUAUGCACUUAAAUAGCGCAUGGAGGACGCUUUUCCCUGCGGUUCAUUUUCAUGCCAGCCAGGUAGGCUAUAUUCCUGUUGUAAAGCAUAGCAAUGUGCUUAAUAUUAGGAAAGUUGAUAAAUAAAUAUAGUAGGCCUAGCCUAUAGAAAACUGAUGGGAUCCUCCUCUUUCUAAUGGAGGCCGUCAAAACUCUGUUUUCUCACGCAAUUGCAUAGCCUAUAGAAAUGUUGUGCAACAUGAGCUCAUGGGCUCUCAUGAAGUGUUUGAUUUGAUUUUCUAAAACAUUUGCAUUGAUGUCAGAGUGAUUAGAGGGACAAUAGAGUGCUGAGUACCAGGCAGUUAGCAAGUUUGGUAGGCUACUAAUGACCAUCAGCGGCAUCAGAGCUUGGAGAAGCCUGGUUACUGUGACUAAACGGUCACGUGGAAUAUGACUGCGGUCAUGAAUCAUGACCGCCGGUGUGGAAGUAAUACGGUCACCGUAAGAGUCCUAGCGGUGGCCCACCUCUGCUAAAUCAUUGCCACCACUCCCCACAUUUUGUAAAUUAUAUUUUUUAUAUAUUUCUGCUGAGACAAGCUUUUAAAUGGAUAGUGUGAGAUUUUGGUAACAAAGCCCUUUUUCUACAUACCCAUAGUCAUAUCAACUCAUGGAUACCAUUUUUAUGUCUCUACAUGCAGUUUGAAGGAAGUUGCUAACUAGCGUUAGCACAAUGACUAGAAGUCUAUAAGAACAGCAUAGCAUGCUGUUACCAUCAACUUCCUGUCUCGCAAAACUACCUUUAACUUAAUCCAAACUGCAUGCAAAGCCAUAAAAAUGGCAUCCAUGAGUUGAUCUGACUCUAGGUAGUAGAAAAAGGCCUUAAUUGCCAAAAUCUCACACUAUCCCUUUAAAGUCAGUGACAAGUUACAUCUUAUAUUUGUAGCAAACAGAGCAAGCAGUGACGCAAUUGAGAGCCACGAGCGUACAGCCACCCCUUGCUCCUCAUCAUCUCCCUACAAUGCAGUGGUGCGCAUCAGCUAUAUUUCAGAUGCUGUCAACAUAAUUCAAUUUUCAUGCAUUUUGGAGUAGAAUGUAUUUUAAAGAAAGUCACCAGAAGUGACCUUCACACAGUCGUUCUAUAAAGUGGGGGGCAUGCUGCCGGACCCCCCAGCAAAGAUCUCCCCCCCCCCCCCCCCCCCCUUUUACCUUUGCCACUGCUGCUAAAAAGAAUCAAAGGGGAAACACUGAAUCCUCUACUCUUAAUUCCUCCCUCUACUCCCACUCCCCUCUCCCUUUCUCUCUCUCCUCUCUGAUGUGUCUGUAUUCUGGCAUGCUAUCUGAGUGCAGCUGCCUCGCCAAGCGCCGGCUUUCCUGAGUGGUGAGGCGCGGUUGAGACCAAUGGGCCCUGGCCCGGGAUAAACGCACACGGACACCAGGAGGAAACCACGUUCCCUGGCUUCCAUGAAAUGGAGCGGAACUCUAGGAAGCAAAGAGCACAAAAAAGUAAAGGCUGCAGAGAUGGUAGAGAGGAGGGAGGACUCUGAAACAAAGGAAAAUAUAAAAAAAUUGUGUUGUACUUUGUAUGGUUUGACUCUGGAAAACGUGUAGAAUAUGUCUCCAACACACACACACACUCUUAUGCUGUCUCUAGCUCUCACAGACGCACACAUACAGGCUUGCUCUUUCUGCAUCUCCUGCACACACACACACACACACACACACAGGUUCCCAUUAGGAAAAUGUGGCGCCGGACAACGUGACCGGGAAGAAUGUAAUUUACCGGCUUUUUAAAAAAAUUUACCGGACCCAUAUGCAUUGGGUGCAUAACCCAUUACGCCGUCCACCCACGGCGUCAGAAUGACAGAAAUCACAUUUAGAUUAUGGUAAUGCUUCUUAAGAGAACAUCCAACUCAUGUAAUGAAGCAGCCAAUAAAACGUAUGUAAUUUGCGGGAAAACACCAUUCUAAACAGUGCACCUGGGAAAACACCAUUCUAAACAUUGCACCUGAUAGAGGUUCCAUAUCUGUAAGAGAUGAAAAUCUGUUAGAAACUUAGAAAGAGGGGAAAUCUAAAGAUGCAACAACUAGGAUGGGUUGCUAAUAUGACUAGGAUUGUGCCUUUGGCUUCUGGACAAUGAAAGAAAGUAGGUCCCACUGGCUCCAGGCCAUCUAUAAAUCACUGCUAGGCAAAUCCCCGCCUUAUCUUAGCUCAUUGGUCACCAUAGCAGCACCCACCCGUAGUCUGCGCUCCAGCAGGUAUAUCUCACUGGUCAUUCCCAAAGCCAACACCUCCUUUGGCCGCCAUUCCUUCCAGUUCUCUGCUGCCAAUGACUGGAACGAAUUGCAAAAAUCUCUGAAGCUGGAGACUCUUAUCUCCCUCACUAACUUUAAGCAUCAGUUGUCAGAGCACCUUACCGAUCACUGCACCUGUACACAGCCCAUCUGAAAUUAGCCCACCCAACUACCUCAUCCCUAUAUUGUUAUUUAUUUUGCUCUUUUGCACCCCAGUAUCUCUAUUUGCACAUAAUCUCUUGCACAUCUAGCAUUCCAGUGUUAAUACUAUUGUAAUUAUUUUGCACUAUAGCCUAUUUAUUGCUUUACCUCCAUAACUUGCUACAUUUGCACCACUGUAUAUAUAUUUUCUGUUGUAUUUUUGACUUUAUGUUUUUUUACCCCAUAUGUAACUCUGUGUUGUUUUUAUCACACUGCUUUGCUUUAUCUUGGCCAGGUCGCAGUUGUAAAUGAGAACUUGUUCUCAACUGGCUUACCUGGUUAAAUAAAGGUUAAAUAAAUAAAAAUAAAUAAAAAUAAAUUUGGGAAGCCCGCAAUUUGGGCAGCGCAAAUGGCAAUAAGCCUAGCUGAUUAUUGAGUUGCGGCUGUCAGUAAAAAGCAACUAAAAUAUGUUUGAAGAUAAUGUGUCUUGAGUACAACUUAUCAUUUUGAGACAAGAAGAAGGGGUGUCUCUCUCCAGAAUGGCUCAGCUGUCUCCCACCAAUUCUCGUGAAUAGUUUGUCCUUUGAUUAUUGUAUUUUUUAAUCAAUUCCCCAUUACAUACAUCUGCAGUAGUAAAUGUACCGUUAAUCCCCGUCAUUUGGUUACAUUAAUUUCUGUUAAUGCAUGUAUUAAUUACAGUCACUUACCGUUCUCAUUCUCGGAGUAGAAACAUUGUUUGCAGAGUUCACAACCUGCUACACUUGUGAAAACAGGUUUUGGUUUAUUUCAUAACCAUCAUUUACAACAUUCUUUUUGUUUUUUCAUUGUCUUUUGUUUGGAGUGAUCAAUGUGAGCAAUGAGUAUGUGUCUGGUUUCUCUGUCCUGAUAAUGUUGGGGAAGCGCUUGCGCCUGAGCACGCAUAGAAGUAACUGGCCUGCUGUGCAGAAUAAUAGGAAAGUGUCUUUUUUUUGUACAUCCAUUGCGAAUGAUAAUACUGUAUAUUAAAACUCCUCAAAGUAAGCUAUUUGAAAAAUCUUUCCAACAAUCUCCCUCUCGAUAAACAUCAAACCUCGGUGUGAAAGAGCAAUGGAAAACAUAAGCCUACUGCUGCAUUGGCCGAUAGUCUAUGAGUUCCAUGUGCUUAUUUCUUUAGCCGCCAAUGGAUCGCGGUGGGUGUAUCAAUGUGUCCAUAUGGCAGAGGCUGGUGAUCUCGCAUUAGUUAACUUUUUUUUAUUUUAUUUUUUAGAUUUUAUCAUUUUAAUUCCAAUUUUUAUGAUUAACCAUGUGACAAUGAUUUUGAGACACAAAAACGUUAUUAUUGAAAUGAAACUGUUCCACUAAAAUGUGCAUAGGAAAAUCAUAACUGGCACACAGAACAGUAGAAAUGGUAGGAUAAAUUGUAAGCUUCCCCAAUCUUUCUGAAAGAAUUGCCUCCACCUUCAUGGUCGGAUUUUGCCUAUAGGCUACUUUGAAGCAAGGUAAGACAUGCCUCAUAAUAUUAAAUACAGUAAAACAUUAAUGUUUCAAACAAUUACGUACACACACACACACACACACACACACACACACACACACACAGUAUAGAGUCCGGCAGUCGAGAGAGAGUGCAGCUGUUACAAUACAACAGGCCCCAAACAAAAAGAUCACAGAAUAACAGAAGAUACAAACCCUGCUCAGGCCCAGCUAUCUUUAGCCUGAUAUAAAACAGACUAGCAAUAAAAUAAUGAAUAGAGCCCCUCCUCCAACAAUGUUACCCCUACAAAACCCCUUCCUCCUCUGUGUGAUUUAUGCCAACAUAAUUCCAACCCUGCUCUAACUCCCCAUAAUAUCCUGGAGUUUGGUGUCUCAGAGGGUUCACCUCUGGGAACUGUGGAAAAUACCACUUUCUCUACAGAGGGGUGCAGGCAAGAGUUCAAAGGGUAAGUUCAGGGACCAAUGGUUGUUUUUUUAAAAAUAAAAAAGGGAGAGGUGCACAUGGUAAAGACAAUCGUAAACAAAGAUCUGGGGUCAGUUAACCAUCUCAAAACUCUAACCUUGACCAUGACGCAACAUGCAGCUCCAAACUAUCCAACCCCCUGCUCACUUGCUGCGUGCCUCAUGGCAGUAAGUCCCAGCAGUUUUUUGGGUUGGUGAGACCUUGCUGAUUGGGCAGAAAUGAGUCAGCUCAACACCAGGACCCCAUCCAACACAUCCCUAAUCAGAUUAAAAUAACCCUUAAUAAGCCUUCAUAACAGAUCCAACCCCUCACCUGAGACAAUAAUUCACUCCCCUAACUCUCUCCAUCUCCACAAACAACAAAAAAGGCCACACCACAGUAAAAACAGCUCACCAUCGUGCCACUAAAUCAUGGGUCAUAAAACCUCAUAACUAAUAUAAAACUCCAUGAACCUGAACCUCUGCUCAGCCAGCCGGUACACUACAAAGUUAGGGCAUUAUCAGUCUCAUCUGAUUGCUCAUACGGUUAAAGGAAAGAAAAACAACAACGGUGUCAAUGAACUCUUUGUAUGAGAGACCGGGACUGGGAGAGGAGCAGACAUGGGGUGAUAAAACUCAAGGCUGGAUUGUUGGACAGGUUUUAUUGUAGCACAUUAAUGGAAGCGUGGAAGAGUGCAGGUAUGAGAGGUACGUCCAGGCCUAAUCCUUUCCACUGAUUCUGAAUGACUGACAUACUGGGCAGUGGACACACAACAGUAGCGAUUUUAGCAUGUCAAUCUUGGUGAGGCAAACAAAAACAGAAAUGUGGGAUGCAUGCCAGCAAAGCCACUACACAACACAACACUAAACAAUACAUUAAUUGCACUAUAAUGGUGACAAACGGUGCCCACAAACUGUUAAGGCCUACAUAAAGCUGUCCCAACAGCAGAGUCCCAACAGCAGUCCCAACAUCUUAUCACUGCUACACCUGGCUAUCAGCGGAGCCUUGUCUGGCAGCAAGACAGUUAAUUCAGCCUCAUUUACUGCCUUUAAAAAAAAACAUAGCUGAUAUGGCUGACUUGCUUAAACAAAUGUGGUUACAAACUAUGGCAUAAGGGUACGACAAGCGGAAAUGAGGCAAUCCGUAAUUUCGAUUAAGACAUUAAUGAGCGAGCUACGACGGACGUAGUCAAUGUAACUAUUUGUUUAGCACUUUUGAAAUGUACAGCGACAGAAUUCAGAACAGGGGCCGUUCUUACAGUGUUCUCCCUGUACACCAAGUCAGAACCGUAGGAUAAAUAAAGGGGGCAUAUAAGCAGACAAUGAAAGCUUUUACAAUAUUAGACGAUUACAUUUCUCUAAAACAGGUUAUAGGCUACAUGUGCACCACCAAGUCAGAACAGUAGGCGAAAUUAAGAGGUGAAAAUAUACCAAAUUAUUAGGGUGAGGCACAUGGGCUACUAACAGCUUCCUACACAACAUACACCUAGUAUUACUUUCUUAGCUACAGUAUACAUAUCUCCCUGGCAUAUUACAUCAUUUAUGCAUACAACAACAUUUUUGGACUCACUUUGUUGUGCUGUGCUCACUUGAACAGGAAGGUGGCGCGGAGGUCCUUUUUGGGAAAAUCUUUUAAUCAAAGUCUGGCAUUCUCUGGAUUUAUAGUGCUUUCAAGACAACUGGGAACUCGGAGGUCGUAGCUCUAGAAAGAGGCCCAAGUUCCGGAUUUACAAUUCAGAGUUGGAUGACUGUUCAAAACGUAUUUUCCCAGUCGGAGCUCGUUUUUUCGCAGUUCCGAGUUAACAGUUGUUUUUAGCGCGGCACAAAUCAUGCUUCAUUGGCAACAUGGCCAAUGUUGAAUGUUGAUCAUUUCAAAUUUGGAAAAAAUACCCUUAAUCCCAGAUUUGGGACCACACAGCCACUCCACUGAAUAGCAGGCUAGUGAUUGCUUUGAAAUGCUUGCAGUAAGCCACUGAUUCCUUCCAAACCACUCGUUGUUGAAUUUGAGAUUUUCAACUUGUUGUGUAAAGUUUAUAUCCAAUGGCCGGUGAGCAUCGAUAUGUUUUAUCUAUAAUUUCUCUUCAUAUGACAAGGAUUAAAAAGGAUUUGCCUGUAGAUUAUCGACUUGAUUCAUUAUGCUGACUGCUAGCUAAGAUUUUGAAAGUAUGAUGUUGACAUGAUCAGUCCAAUCAAAGCUACUGUAGAUAUAACGUGAUUUGACAUCACUUUAUCUGUGGCCAAUGACCUUGAGCCUUCUUGGAUGGGCACUUCUAAUGUAACUCCAUGGCAGCACCCAAGGGGCUUGAAUUUUCGAGCUCUUCCCUUAGACUUGGCGGUGAAGUAGUGUCCCCAUGAGUGACAGAACACUGAGCCAAUCACGGCGCAAUUAGAGAACAUUACCAACACUUACACUCCGUAUUUUCAGCUGGCUGCCCCACCAUCAAAACACAAAGAGCACUGAGCUAGGCUGAAACACCUGUAUUUUGGAGCUGCCUUACUGAAGAAAGCAAAAAGAGAAAAUGUUUGUAUGAGGCUUUAUUAACUAAAUGUUAUUAUUAUUAUUUUAUUUUUUUACAUUUUUGCAAACUGAUAUGUGACACAUAUUAAUGCCAAAAUAACAUGCAAAACAGGCAAGCCCCCCCCCAAAAAAAGUAUAUAUAUAUUAUAAUAAUGGUUUUGCUAAAAAUGUGUGGCUCAAAACAGAUGGGGCUCAGCCCCACCUGCCCUGAAUGACGGGUCGACAGAGACAGACAGACACAAAGACAGUCUGAUGCAAUGUAUUGCAGACAUAAUUGCAAACAUCCGAGAUAUGACAAACGCAUUCUCUGUUGCUCGAUAACUCUGUAUAUCUUUCUACAGUGCAUUCGGAAAGUUUUCAGACCCCUUGACUUUUCCCACAUUUUGUUACGUUACAGCCUUAUUCUAAAAUGGAUUAAAUAAAACAUUUUCCUCAUCAAUCUACACACAAUACCCAUAAUGACAAAGUGAAAAGAGGUUUUUAGACAUUUUUGCAAUAAAAAACAGAAAUACCUUAUUUACAUAAGUAUUCAGACCCUUUGCUAUGAGACUCGAAAUUGAGCUCAGGUGCAGCCUGUUUCCAUUGAUCAUCCUUGAGAUGUUUGUACAACUUGAUUGGUGUCCACCUGUGGUAAAUUAAAUUGAUUGGACAUGAUUUGGAAAGGCACACACCUGUCUAUAUAAGGCCCCACAGUUGACAGUGCACGUCAGAGUAAAAACCAAGCCAUUUUUAUUUAUUUAUUUUAUUUCACCUUUAUUUAACCAGGUAAGCCAGUUGAGAACAAGUUCUCAUUUACAACUGCGACCUGGCCAAGAUAAAGCAAAGCAGUGCGAUAAAAACAACACAGAGUUACAUAUGGGGUAAAAAACAUAAAGUCAAAAAUACAACAGAAAAUAUAUAUACAGUGUGUGCAAAUGUAGCAAGUUAUGGAGGUAAGGCAAUAAAUAGGCUAUAGUGCAAAAUAAUUACAAUAGUAUUAACACUGGAAUGCUAGAUGUGCAAGAGAUUAUGUGCAAAUAGAGAUACUGGGGUGCAAAAGAGCAAAAUAAAUAACAAUAUAGGGAUGAGGUAGUUGGGUGGGCUAAUUUCAGAUGGGCUGUGUACAGGUGCAGUGAUCGGUAAGGUGCUCUGACAACUGAUGCUUAAAGUUAGUGAGGGAGAUAAGAGUCUCCAGCUUCAGAGAUUUUUGCAAUUCGUUCCAGUCAUUGGCAGCAGAGAACUGGAAGGAUUGGCGGCCAAAGGAGGUGUUGGCUUUGGGAAUGACCAGUGAGAUAUACCUGCUGGAGCGCAGACUACGGGUGGGUGCUGCUAUGGUGACCAAUGAGCUAAGAUAAGGCGGGGAUUUGCCUAGCAGUGAUUUAUAGAUGGCCUGGAGCCAGUGGGUUUGACGACGAACAUGUAGUGAGGACCAGCCAACAAGAGCGUACAGGUCACAGUGGUGGGUAGCGUAUGGGGCUUUGGAGACAAAACGGAUGGCACUGUGAUAGACUACAUCCAAUUUGCUGAGUAGAGUGUUGGAGGCUAUUUUGUAAAUGACAUCGCCGAAGUCAAGGAUCGGUAGGAUAGUCAGUUUUACGAGGGCAUGUUUGGCAGCAUGAGUGAAGGAGGCUUUGUUGCGAAAUAGGAAGCCGAUUCUAGAUUUAACUUUGGAUUGGAGAUUCUUUAUGUGAGUCUGGAAGGAGAGUUUACAGUCUAACCAGACACCUAGGUAUUUGUAGUUGUCCACAUACUCUAGGUCAGACCCGUCAAGAGUGGUGAUUCUAGUCGGGUGGGCGGGUGCCAGCAGCGUUCGAUUGAAAAGCAUGCAUUUAGUUUUACUAGUGUUUAAGAGCAGUUGGAGGCUACUGAAGGAGUUUUGUAUGGCAUUGAAGCUCGUUUGGAGGUUUGUUAACACAGUGUCCAAUGAAGGGCCAGAUGUAUACAAAAUGGUGUCGUCUGCGUAGAGGUGGAUCUGAGAGUCACCAGCAGCAAGAGCGACAUCAUUGAGGUCGAAGGAAUUGUCUGUAGAGCUCCAAGACAGGAUUGUGUCGAGGCAGGGUACCAAAAUAUUGCAGCAUUGAAGGUCCCCAAGAAAACAGUGGCCUCCAACAUUCUUAAAUGGAAGAAGUUUGGAACCACCAGUCAAACUGAGCAAUCGGGGGAGAAGGGCCUUGGUCAGGGAGGUGACCAAGAACCCGAUGGUCACUCUGACAGAGCUCCAGAGUUCCUCUGUGGAGAUGGGAGAACCUUACAGAAGGAUAACCAUCUUUGCAGCACUCCACCAAUCAGGCCUUUAUGGUACAGUGGCCAGACAGAAGCCACUCCUCAGUAAAAGGCACAUGACAGGCCACUUGGAGUUUGCCAAAAGGCACCUAAAGGAUUCAGACCAUGAGAAACUAGAUUCUCUGGUCUGAUGAAACCAAGAUUGAACUCUUUGGCCUGAAUGCCAAGCAUCACAUCUGGAGGAAACCUGGCACCAUCCCUACGGUGAAGCAUGGUGGUGGCAGCGUCAUGCUGUGUGGAUGUUUAUCAGCGUGAGGGACUGGGAGACUAGUCAGUAUCGAGGGAAACAUGAAUGCAGCAAAGUACAGAGAGAUCCUUGAUGAAAACCUGCUCCAGAGAGCUCAGUACCUCAGACUGGGGUGAAGGUUCACCUUCCAACAGGACAACAACCAUAAGCACACAGCAAAGACAAUGCAUGAGUGGCUUCGGGACAAGUCUCUGAAUGUCCUUGAGUGGCCCAGCCAGAGCCCGGACUUGAACCCAAUCGAACAUCUCUGGAGAGACCUGAAAAUAGCUGUGCAGCGACGCUCCCCAUCCAACCUGACAGAGCUUGAGAGGAUAUGCAGAGAAGAAUGGGAGAAGCUCCGCAAAUACAGGUGUGCCAAGCUUGUAGCGUCAUACCCAAGAAGACUCCAGACUGUAAUCGCUGCCAAAGGUGCUUCAACAAAGUACUGAGUAAAGGAACUGAAUACUUAUGUAAAUGUUAUAUUUCCGUUUUUUAUUUGUUAUAAAUUUGCCAAAAUGUAUAAAAACCAGUUUUUGCUUCGUCAUUAUGGGGUAGUGUGUGUAGAUCGAUGAGGAAAAAACAAAACGUUAUCCAUUUUAGAAUAAGGCUGUAACGUAACAAAAUGUGGAAAAAGUAAAGGGGUCUGAAUACUUUCCGAAUGCACUGUAUAUACCCAGCGGGCGAAGCUGAUUAUAAUGACAUGGGUGCCCCUCUCUUUCUCGCUCUCCCUCCUGCCAGGCAGUGGUAUUCUUGCCAUUUUGUUUCAUGGGUGUCAUGAUGAUCCAGCUCCACUAUAAAGCAGAGAGGAUGUGAUAUGCCCUAAUCGUUGUGGCGCUACCGUUUUCCCCAGGUCCUGUUACCUCAUAAAUAUGUACCAGCCGGCCUAACAAAACCACCGGCAGAGCCUCGUUUGAAUGGCACACCGCGGCCCAAACAUCGCCGUUAAUAUUUAAUUGUUUAUGAAAUGCCCAUUUGGUCGGGCAGAAACUCAACCUAGUUCUGUCCUUCCUCUCUCUCUCGCUUUCCCUCUUCAUGCCCUAAUUCCACUACCUAAACAUUUCCACACAUGAAAUAUGGAGGGAGGGAAAUGUACUGGCUGUAACAGCUGAGGCCCUCCAUCUAUCUACCAUCUUUCAGGCCUUCUUUUCUCUCCUCAUCCUUCACUCCCUCCCCUCUUUAGGGUCCCUAUCUCUCACUUGCUUCAUCUCUUUCCCUUUAUCAGUCUUUUAAUGUCCUGUAGUGGUAGACUUUACUAAACAGUGCUAUUUAUAAAAGAGUGUACCCUGAAUGUUCUGACUCACUUUGUCCAGCGGAAUAUCAAAUAAGUCUUUAAAAGUACCAGAACACACACACAAACAAACAGCGCAUGUGCUUCCCUAAAUUCAAAAACAGACUUCUUCAAACAUAUUGUAAGGUUUAGUACAACUGGCAUGUUGUCUCAAAGAUGACAGAGUCUUUGAGUCUUCUAGGUCUAGCUCUAUUCACGUCUAACAGUAAUACCUGGAUAGAAUAAGAGACUGGCUGGUGAAAUGUCUCACCCUCUCUGGACUUCACAGCCCAGGUCUGACUACUACCAUCGUGGUGUGUGUGUCUGCGUGCGAGUGGUUAGUUGAGCAGUCCUCUGAUGGCUGCGGAUGAGAUGUUUACCCUGUGGUUAAUCAAUAACAGGACUAUAAAAGCAGGAGAGGAGAACAAACCAACCAACGAGGGAAAAUCUUCCAUAUGGCUCACUAGACUAACAGGCUUACCUCUAUGACCACAGCAAGGAUAGCGGGAGAGAGGAGGAGAGUGAGGAGGAAGAGGAAUGGAAGAGCAGGAGGAACAGAAGGGUUUUUCCGCCACAUUGACGUGAGACAGAAGGGAGGGGGCUAAGAGGAGGCGAGGGAGAAGAGGGGGUUAAAGAGGGAGAGAGAACCUCAUGGGUAAGCAAACAUUGUGUACCGUCCAUCUGGAGUGACAUCAUCGUCCAAGAUAAUCAAUAACUAGCCACUUCCUGUUUAGUAAUUGAUAAUCAAUGACUGAACACUACCUAUCUGCACCCACACACCUGAGCGGUACACACACACACACACACACACACACACACACACACACACACAGGUAAGGACCAGAGUGCAAAUUAUACAGUGACAGGUAAUAAAAGAGAAGGGAAACACACACACACUUGCACCCACAGAUGGCCAAGCAGAAGCACAAAAUAAUGCCAUGCAAGCAAUUUGUGUCACUCAAUACGACCUCAAUACGAACAAUGGCAGUGAUCUUUCACCAGUGAUGCCCGUCAGACAUGCAGUCUAUGAGGCUCCCGAUUACCUAUCCUUGACUUAAGCUUAGAAUUCAAAUGCAAUGCAAAAUAAUUCUGAUGCCGCAUAUACCAUACAGGCAAAUGUACAUUAAUUAAAUAUUUCAAGUGUUACAUUGCUCACUACACUUAAGUUAUAGAAAGUUCACAUCCGUGAAAUCCAAUUUCCCUCAGAUCACCCCUCUCCUGUACCAAGUCAUAGAGUACAGGUGCAUCAAAGCUGGGACCGAGAGACUGAAAAUCAGCUUCCAUCUCAAGGCCAUCAGACUGUAGACAUGGAAUCACUGGUCACUUUAAUAAUGUUUACAUACUGCUUUAGUCAUUUCUUAUGUAUAUACUGUAUUAUAGUCAAUGCCACUCCGACAUUGCUCGUCAUAAUAUUUAUAUAUUUCUUAAUUCCAUUCUUUUACUUUUAGAUGUGUGUAUUGUUGUGAAUUGUUAGAUACUACUGCACUGUUGGAGCUAGGAACACAAGCAUUUCGCUACACCCGCAAUAUCAAAUCAAAUGUAAUUGUAUUUGUCACAUGCACCGAAUACAACAGGUGUAGACCUUACAGUGAAAUGCUUACUUACAAGCCCUUAACCAACAAUGCAGUUUUAAGAAAAAUAAGUGUUAAGUAAAAAAUUGUUAAGUAAAAAAUUAGAAGAGUGGGCCAAAAUUCCUCCACAGCGACGUGAGAGACUGAUCAACAACUACAGGAAGCAUUUGGUUGGAGUCAUUGCAGCUAAAGGUGGCAUAACCAGGUAUUGAGUGUAAGGGGGCAAUUACUUUUUCACACAGGGGAAUUGGGUGUUGCAUAACUUUGUUUAUGAAAUAAAUAUGUAAUUGUUGUGUUAUUUCUUCACUUACAGUAUGUUCCCUUUAUCUAAUAUUAGGUUUUGGUUGAAGAUCUGAUAACAUUUAGUAUAACAAAUAUGCAAAAGUAGAGAAAAUUAGAAAGGGGGCCAAAUACUUUUUCAUAGCACUAUAUGUGUAUGUGACCAAUACAAUUUGAUUGAUUUAGAGCUAACAGAAGGUAGUCAUAGAGGUUUAGGAGCUUGCAGAAGAGAGAGCCAUCAGACUGACAAGGCUGUUGUCAACGUAAUGAGCAACUGAGCCCAGGCACUACUGUAUCACAUCAAUCCACCCACUUAUUCACCUUCUCACCGACAGAGAGUGCGAGAAAGAAAAGAGGAGAAACCGGUUUGAACAACACUUCUCAACAACAAGUUACAGAACAAAAUAGAGGGGAAGAAAAAAAACUAUAUUAACAGAGAAAAACUAAUGGUGUGAUGUCACCCACAUAGACACAGCGGACAAGCAGAGAAGUGUAAAUCCAAUACCUGGGGGUUCCUGUGAUAGAUAUUUUUGUAUGUGGUGAGUGGGUGUUUUUUUUCCAUAGCCCCUUGCUUGCCUCUCGUUAUCACAUAUAUUUGUUUCGAGCCUAGGCCUUUUUCUGUUGUUGCCAACAGCGUACAGUAUUAUCUUACUAAGAAUAAGCCCUACUGUCUGUCUUUAUGCAGACAUUGGAGUUGAAUAGAACUGUGUGGGCUAGAGGGUAAUAUUCUCCAUCCUCCACAAGCCCAACUGAGUCUAGAUCACCUACAGCGGCAUCUGUCCGUCUGUCUGUACUCACCUACUGAGGUGUCUGUCUGUCCCCCACCUGUAGAGACACCAUAUGGCACACAGACACCAGUAAUAUCUCCAGCCCUCAGUGUUUGUGUGUGUGCGCGCGUACAUGUAUGCACGUGUGGAUGCGUGUGUGGAUGCCUGCCAGUAUCUAUAACCUUGAGAAUAUUUGGUUGGCCGGUCGACUAGACUUAACAAUGACCAUUGAAAUGUGUCGGCAGAUAGCUACUGCAUCUGAACACUGACCCUGGAAUAUUUAAUUUGAAAAUCCAAUGAUCCAUGUUAGCAUUGGUGUGUGUGUCCGUCCAUCCAUGUGUGUCCCUGUGUGUGUAGAGGGAGAAAAAUGGUAUUAAUUUGCUGCACUAGAUCGAGGUGGAAAAAAAAGCGGUGACCCUUCGCUAACCUUUUCUGAAGGCCAGGUCUCUCUCCCUCUCUCCCCCCUCUCCCGCCCCCCUCUCCCCAGUGGAACGGUGCCAUAAAGGAAGGCUGUAAUGCUGAUGUCCAGUCACUGGGCAACUGGGACAGCAGAUGGUCAUCUUCCCUUCCACUUACAUCACACCAGCUAGCCGGGGGGGGGGACUGGGGAGAGGUGAGGGGGGGAGAGACUCAGGCACCAGUCUCACACCUAUUAUGCACUGAAGUAAAAUGCAGCAACUCUACCCCCAUUUUGGUUUGACUUUGAUUUCAAAGGAUAGCAGACAAAUCUGCAACAGCAUCAUCUCUGAACUAUAAAUCAACGUUGUGCAGAUCUAAUGCAGCGGAUUAAACAGGAGACCAGUUAAUGACAGACAGUAGGGAGCAUAGUGAGACAGUACCGAGUAUAACAAGACAGUGUAUGAGGAAGACAUUAACUGGGCAAAACUGCACAUUGAGAGAAGUAGUGGAAAGAAGAAGAAAACAGGAAGGUUUUAUCUCCUGUUGACUAGUCGGCCCAAGCACACUUAAACUAGAUUGGAGAACAUUGCCUACUCGCCACCAUAUGUAUGCCAAUGUGUUAGUGUGUGAGAGAGAGAAUGUGUGUUUACUGUAUCUGUUGAGAUGCUUUCCUCCCCACAGCUCCUCUGCAUAUGCUUAGUCACAGAGCUGUCAGACGGGAAACAAAAUGCAUGUCAGAAGGCAUGUUUAGGCUGGCUUACUCAUAACAAGAGUCAUCUUACAGAAAUAAAGACCUUAUUGGCCGCUGCAGGCCGACAGAUGGAAGAGAGAAAUGUGAACUAUUCGGUGCUUGUGUCAAAGAGCGGCACACAAACAACGCUGCAAUGAAUGAAUGGGACCUCUGUGUGUGUGUGUGUUUCCUUCAGGAAAACAUGUUUGGCACAGGGAGUUACAUCACAGUGGAGGUAUGGAACAGAGGGGGAGAGAGAGCUAGAGAGUUUGGGCCAAGGCUAGGGAGGGAGGUUCAAUCUGAAACGUUAUGUUCUACCAGUACCUAGAAAGACUAACCUCAAGUCACCUUCAAGUUGUUUUCUUUCCUUUCGGUCAAUCAAUUUCUUUCCUCACACACCCUUCUCUCCAUCUCCAUCUCAAUCUCCAUCUUCCUCUUCUGUCACCCUGUUCUUUAUUUCUGUCUUCUCUUCAUUCCUUCUUUCUUCGGUCUCUGUCUUUUUCUUGUUGAUCCAUUUCUUCCUUGUCCUCGACUCUGCCUCGGAGCGUUCUCUCUGAUCAUUGUUUUUGUCAAAUGAGGCAACUGGUGGAAUGUGGUUGAAGCGCAGUCCAACGCAACUGAGGCAGGGCGCCAGACUGCGACCAUUUAGUCGCAUUUUGUGACCCUUUGACUUGGCUGUGCAAGUUAAACAUUUUAUUGGCAUUCUACCUGUUCACCUCAAUCAAAAUGUCCUAUUUUUGGGGCAGAUAAAAGCAUGAAUUUGUUAAACAGUAAAAUACAUUAUCCUCAUGAUUCCUGUAAUUAAAAAAAAGUGUCUGCCCUACUGCUGUGCCUGCCUGUUUCGCUGGGGCCAGCUGUUGUAAUGAGCGAUCCUCUCAAACGCUCUCUCCCCCACUUGUGAUUGUAUAACAUUUCAAAAUGCAAUUGCAGGAGGUUAAAAAAAAAUAGUUGUCCAUAUUAAAGAGAGGGCAGCUUUCUGUAGAUAUCAUUUUAAUUGUCAACGAUCAUUAUUGAGGUCAAAGCACACUGUUUUACAAUCAAGAUAUCUGACAUGACUUUGAAAUACGGAGCGUGUGAAAUUGCACAUCGGCCAUCGCGAGUGCACUAGGCUUCAUUGCAAAGUUUUUUAGGACAUUACAUUUACUGUUAGAUUUAUACAUUGCUAUUAGCAGUAGGUGUUAUAUUUAGAGUUAGCGAUCUAGCUAAUGUGUUUUGAGUUUCCACUUCCUCAACUGGUGAGAAUUAGCACCAAUUGAAUUAGGCCUAUAGAUACUAUUAGUGCACAUAAAGAUGAAGGAAAAUUCAUCUCUAUUGAACAAAAGAAAUGGACAAUUCUGUAGCACUAUUUUGACAGUAAAAUAUAACAAAAAUGACCUAAUUGUCAAACCAAAAUUCAUGACAAUCACUGGAUUAGGUUGCAUUUCAAAAUAUAUUCAUUUCUGCUUGGACAUGUUAGAUGUAACAACUUAUUUAUUUAAUACCAUCUCAGUAGUCUAUUACAAUUCUUAAUAAAGCAUUGUGAAUACUUUAUAAUGACCUUAUAAGAUGAUGACUCAAAUGUAUUAUAUUGUGUGACGCUGCAAGUUUUGUUGUUGUUGGGGUGCCACCAAAUCAUGGCUGGUGCCACCAACUGAAAAAGUUAGUGGCACCAGAGCCACCAGGGGGAAAAUUGUAUUCUGGAGCCUUGCCCUAAGGAAGGGUCAACACAUUAGUCAGCACAGUCAGUCAGAACCAAUGGGCUGACUCAAGUAUGUGUAUCUUUUAAAUAACUCAUCCCACCACCUGUCAAAAGAAAACAUUGACAGUGUUCAUCAACUUAACACCAAUGCAUGGUGGGAAAUAUCCAUUCAACUUGAGUGGGCUAGCUUGUCAGCAGACCCUCUUUUUUUCCUUUUUCUUUCUAAGAAAAACAGAUUCCCUGAAAAGCAUAAUGAUCUACAUUACAAUAAGUAGCCUUGUUCUUAAAGUGGAGAAUAACAAAACUGUUGCCAGCUUCUCUGGUUGUGCAACAAAAUAUAAGAACCAUUCUUUUCUUAUUUGACAGACCAGAAAGACUUACAGUGCCUUCAGAAAGUAUUCACACCGCUUGACUUUUUCCACAUUUUGUUGUGUUACAGUCACAAUAAAAAAUGGAUUCAAUUUAAAUGUUUUGUCACUGGCCUACACACAAUACCCCAUAAUGUCAAAGUGGAAUAUAUACACUACCAGUCAAAAGUUUGGACACACCUACUCAUUCAAGGGUUUUUCUUUAUUUUGAAAACAUUUUACAUUGUAGAAUAAUAGUGAAGACAUCAAAACUAUGAAAUAACACAUAUGGAAUCAUGUGGUAACCAAAAAAGUGUUAAACAAAUCAAAAUAUAUUUUAUAUUUGAGAUUCUUCAAAGUCACCCUUUGCCUUGAUGACAGCUUUGCACACUCUUGGCAUUCUCUUAAACCGUUGAGCAUGGUGAAGUUUUAAUUACAAUUUGGAUAGUGUAUCAAUAUACCCAGUUACUACAAAGAUACAGGCGUCCUUCCUAACUCAGUUGCCGGAGAGGAAGGAAACCGCUGUGAUAGGAGAAAACGGUGGAUGGAUCAACAACAUGAAAACAGUGAAAAGGAGGAAACCUAUACAGAAUAAAAAAUAUUCCAAAACAUGGCACUAAAGUAAUACUGCAAAAAAAUGUGGCAAAGCAAUUCACUUUUUGUCCUGAACACAAAAGUGUUAUGUUUUGGGCAAACCCAAUACAACACAUUGCGGAGAACCACUCUCCAUAUUUCCAAGCAUAGUGGUGGCUGCAUCAUGUUAUGGGUAUGCUUGUAAUCGUUAAGGACUGGGGAGUUUUUCGGGAUAAAAAAGUAACGGAAUGGAGCUAAGCACAGGCAUAAUCCUUGAGGAAAACCUGGUUCAGUCUGCUUUCCACCAGACACUGGGAGAUUAAUUCACCUUUCAGCAGGACAAUAACCUAAAACACAAGGCCAAAUCUACACUGUAGUGGCUUACCAAGAAGACAGUGAAUGUUUCUGAUUGUCCAAGUUACAGUUUUGACCAGGGGCGGUGUGUUCAUUAGGGCGAUAUGGGCGACGCACUGCCAAACGGGAAAAGGAAGGGAUUUUUUUUCUAAUCAAUUAUAUCACGGCAACAGUAGUUAUUAGUGUUCUAAUCUAGACGUCUGAUCUGCCACUAAAUGUCCAAUCAGGCUAAAGUCGUGCUUCAAAUGGCCCCGCCCGUUUUGGGGCGAUUUCAGUCAGGUUGAAAAUCGCCCAGAAGUGUCUCAUAGCCUCUCAUGUAAAAUCUUUUUUUUUUCAAAUAUCAGAGCUUUCAAUACAAUCUCUAUGGGUUCCGGGAGGGCUUGCACUUACGCGCUUUCGUCAUACGUAACAUAACUAAGAAAAGAGCGGGUAGCAGCGUCAAUCAAGAUGGCUAGCGUUCAGUGCAACUCGAUUGUCUCUUUGAAAGAAGUUCGUUUUUGUUGGCGAACAAAUCAAGAUAAAUUGGCAACGAAACAAUUAGGACCUCCCAGACCAAAUUUAAUAAUUCAACAGGUUUCUACUAAAGGGGGAAAGUCCUACACCCGAGGAUUUUCCAAAAAUUGGGCUGUCAAAGACCCACAUGGAUAGCUGUUUGAGAUUGUCUGCUUUGGGGAGAGUGAACAUUGCCACUCAACUGGAUGAGGGAUACAGGCUAGCUGUCCGCCGCCACAACGAUGAGGUUAGCAAGAACCGCCACAUCCUCAGCCGGCUAAUCCAGUGUGUGAAGUUUUGCGGAGUGUUUGAGUUAGCUUUGCGAGGCAAAGAUGAAACGGAGGGCUCCACCAACCCUGGUAUUUUUCUUGGACUUGUCAACUUUGUGGCACAAUUAGAUGAGGUGUUUGAUGACCAUCUUAAAAAUGCUAAAGUUUUCAAGGGCACAUCAAAGACCAUUCAAAACGAGCUACUGGAGUGUAUGCUAGCGGUCAUGAGGGAACAUAUUGUGGAGGAGGUGAAGUCGGCGAACUUCGUAGCUAUCCAAGCUGACGAGACCACGGACGUUUCUACACAGACACAGCUGGUGCUUGUGCUGAGGUACAUAGAUAGCAAGAAGAUUUUAUUUUUUUCCUGGGGCUUUUUCACAAAAUCAUGCCCCACGUCGACAUUCUGUACCAGAAGCUACAGAAGAAGGACAUCGAUGCUGUCUUCAUCAAACGUGCCCUCGACAGCUUCACAAGCAGUGUGCAGGCCAUAAGGUAAGAUUAAACAAUAUCAUUCGAUCUUUCUCAAAGCAGAGCUUUAUUUGAAAAUGUAUGCAUGAAAGGAGACAUCAUCAUAUUUACAAAUCUAUACAAUUGGCCAGAAUAUGGUUGUUCAUUUUUACAAAGCCAUACAGAUAGCUGUGUUUACCUUUUCUAGAAAUUAUUUUCAAAUUCUGUUUUCAGGCAAAAUGUCUAUCACUGUUCAUUUUCACAAAUCUAUACAAGAGGGCAGAAUAUGGAAGUCUAUAAACAUUUCUUAUUACCAAUAACUUGCAUCAAUGUCUUCAGUAGCCUCUAUCAAAAGCUCCUGCUUGCUUGUUGUGAAUUAUGCUCAGGUGCACAUAUUUCCAAUUCAACCAUGAGGCCUUUUUGAAGCAAGUAAUGUGUAUAUCAGUAUUGACUUAUAUGCUGCCCCUGUCUUCAUGUUGUUGCUGGACAUAUCUUUUUUAAAAUGUGUGUAGGUCACCUAAAUCAUCAGAAAAAUUGCCCCCCCUGAGAAUUUUUUCAGGAGCCGCCACUGGUUUUGACUUAAAUCCACUUGAAAAUCUAUGGCAAGACCUGAAAAUGGUUGUCUAGCAAUGAUCAACAACUAAUUUGACAGAGUUUGGCUUAGCUGAUAAUAACAAAAGAAGAACAAUAUUUACAUGGCUCAAAGAGAAGGAAUAUAAUAUCUAUUGUUUACAGGAAACUCAUUCAACAAUUCUAGAUGAAGUUGCGUGGAAAAAGGAAUGGGGGGCGAAAUAUACUUCUCCCAUGGGCAAAGAAAUUCAAAAGGGGUGAUGAUAUUAAUUAAUAGUAAUUUCGAUCCGAAUGUGCAAAUUGUCCAAAUAGAUACGCAAGGUAGAUGGAUUAUUUUAAAUAUGUUAUUGGACCAAAAAACAGAUAUGGCUCAUUAACAUUUACGGACCAAAUAAUGAUGAUCCACACUUCUUUGACAAUAUAUAUAAUAAAUGAUCAACCCUGCAAGCAACUCAAGACAAUAUUAUUAUGGUGGGGGAUUAUAAUACUGUUUUAAAUAGCUCAAUGGACCAUAAAGGAAAUCACACUACAAACGAUCACCCUCAUGCUCUUAAGGAAAUCGUGAAUGUCAUGGAUACAUUAGAACUAGUAGAUAUAUGGAGGCGUAAAUAUCCUGAUCUAGUGAGAUAUACAUGGCGGAGACACAAUCAAGCUAGUCGUCUUGACUUCUUUCUUAUCUCAUUCUCGUUGGCGCCAAAAGUUUAAAAAGUGUUGAUAGGGGACAGAAUGCGGUCGGACCAUCAUAUAAUUGGCAUAUACAUUAGUCUUACUGAAUUUCCACAUGGGCGAGGAUAUUGGAAAUUUAAUCAAAGCCUAUUGGAUGAUAAUUUAUUUUUAACUAGGACAAAGGAAUUUAUAACUGACUUUUUCCGACAUAACAUAGGUACAGCAAAUCCCCUUAUUGUAUGGGACACCGUUAAAUGUGCCUUUAGAGGCCAUGCAAUUCAGUACUCAUCUCGAAAACAAAAGCAAUUUAGGUCAAAAGAGUUUAUACUAACAAAGAAAAUAGAAAGUCUAACAGAACAGGUAGAUGGAAAUAAAAACUGUAACAUAGAAUAAAUUAGAGGAAAAACAAAAAGAAAUUGAGAAACUUAUUCAAGAAAGAUCAAGUGUAAUAUAUUAUAAAAAUAAAGCAAACUGGAUGGAAUAUGGGGAAAAAUGCACCAAAUUAUUUUUUAAUCUUCAACAUAGGAAUGCUACCAAAAAUAAUUUAAUGAAAUUGGUUACAAUGGACGGAGUAACCCAUGAUUCACCAAAUUAUAUUUUGAAGGAGGAAAACAAGGUACUUUAAGCAUAUGUUUUCGUUUCAGUCGCCUCCAUCUCCUCUAACUGAAGCUAAUUGUAGAGAUUUUUUUUCUAUUGAUAAUGUAAAAUUAACAGCCAAACAGAAAGACUCAUGUGAAGGUGAAAUUACAGAGGAGGAACUUCUGGAUGCCAUUAAAGACUUUAAGUCUGGGAAAACUCCAGGGUUGGAUGGCAUACCAGUCGAAGUAUACCAAACCUUUUUUGAUAUACUAAGAGGACCGCUCUUAGCAUGUUUUAACCACUCCUAUGUAAAUGGUAGAUUAUCUGACACUCAAGAAGAAGGUCUGAUCUCAUUAUUACUGAAACAGUGGUGGAAAAUAUAAAGAUCCAGUCCAUUAAAAAAAUUGGAGGCCCCUUACACUUCAGUGUUGUGAUGCAAAAAUUCUAGCAAAAUGUAUAGCGCAUAGAAUUAAAAAGCAUUUUGGAAGUGGAAGUGAUGCAGACAAUUACAUUGAUGGAAGUUACAAUCCAUCUGCAAUAUUAAGCUGAUCUACCCCCCCAACAAAAAAAACAAAAAAAUCAAUCCAGGUGUGGAAAGCUCAUAGAGACUAACCAAGAAAGAUUCAUAGCUGUUAUUGCAUUUUAAUGUGGGAAAUAAGUAUUUGACACCUCUGCAAAACAUGACUUAGUACUUGGUGGCAAAACCCUGGUUGGCAAUCACAGAGGUCAGACGUUUCUUGUAGUUGGCCACCAGGUUUGCACACAUCUCAGGAGGGAUUUUGUCCCACUCCUCUUUGCAGAUCUUCUCCAAGUCAUUAAGGUUACGAGGCUGACGUUUGGCAACUCAAACCUUCAGCUCCCUCCACAGAUUUUCUAUGGGAUUAAGGUCUGGUGACUGGCUAGGCCACUCCAGGACCUUAAUGUGCUUCUUCUUGAGCCACUCCUUUGUUGCCUUGGCCGUGUGUUUUGGGUCAUUGUCAUGCUGGAAUACCCAUCCACGACCCAUUUUCAAUGCCCUGGCUGAGGGAAGGAGGUUUUCACCCAAGAUUUGAUGGUACAUGGCCCUGUCCAUCGUCCCUUUGAUGCGGUGAAGUUGUCCUGUCCCCUUAGCAGAAAAACACCCCCAAAGCAUAAUGUUUCCACCUCCAUGUUUGACGGUGGGGAUGGUGUUCUUGGGUAAAAAACAUGGGGGAUUGGAAGUGAUGCAGACAAUUACAUUGAUGGAAGUUACAAUCUAUCUGCAAUAUUAAGCUGAUCUACCCCCCCCCCCAAAAAAUAAAUAAAUAAAAAUAAUAAUAAUCAAUCCAGGUGUGGAAAGCUCAUAGAGACUAACCAAGAAAGAUUCAAAGCUGUUAUUUCUACCAAAGGUGCUUCUACAAAGGGUUGUGAAUACUUAUGUAAAUGAGAUAUUUCUGUAUUUCAUUUUCAAUAAAUUUGCUAACAUUUCUAAAAACAUGUUUUCACUUUACCAUUAUGGGGAAUUGUGUGUAGACUGGUGAGAAAAAAACAUAUAUUCAAUCUAUUUUGAGUUCAGGAUGUAACAACAAAUGUGGAAUAAGUCAAGGGGUAUGAAUUCUUUCUGAAGGCACUGUAACUGGGCUGUACAUUCUACCAUCCCUCCUCUUCUCGCGCUUUCCUUCUUGUGCUCCCUCUUCCCACUCCCUCGCUUUCUCCUUUAGGGCGCUGUACGACUCCCUUCACACAAACAGGGCUUUGAAUAACAUGUCCUCAGACUCACAGAGCGAUGGAGCGAGAGAGAGCUAGAGGGGGAAGAGAGAGAGGGAAGGGGGGUUUUGUUGUUUUUUUCCCUCCCUGCUGACUUUGCUUCAGUUUGAUAAAUAGCAGGCCUCCUCAAAGCACCAGAUGCCCAGGCUCAAACCCUAGCCAAUUCACCAUAAAAAAUAAAUAAAUAUUUAAAUGCCCUCCACAGCUGUCCCACAUAGUGCCUGUAGCAGGCAACACAACACUGUCUGGAUAAAAAAAAAACAGUCCCACUUCAACCCUGCUAUCCAACCCCCACCCCAAACCAGCACCAGUCAGAGUAGGCCUCAAUCCCCAAACCCACAUGAAAGGUUGGCCCCCAUACGGAGCCUCCUACUCCAGCUGGACAAGGUCACACCUCCCCCUGGCCAAACAAGAGACAAAAGACAUACAUUUAGUUCAAGUUCAAGGCUAUUCUGGGUCUUUCUUUUGUGCUAUCUUUAACUUUGCAACUAAAUAUCUUGAUCAAGAAAUAAACAAAACUGUCUGACGUCAAGCUCUACACACACACUAACACUCCUACAACUAAGUAAUUGUACAGUUGGCUCAAUAUGGAAACAAGAAAAUAUGUUUUCCACACAUUUCAGCAAUCACUAUUUUCCAGCGACCAGGAAUUGUAUUUUCAGCAAGGAGCCUGUUUUAGGGGUGUUUAGUGUUUUGUGGGUUGUGCGGAGAAUGUUUGCUCUGAGGUAGUGUUGUGCAAGUUGUGUUUGAGUUUAGGAAAAGGAGUCGGUUCGUGGGCUGAGUAGGAGGGUGUUUGGCGACAAACAGAACAUUUUGGAGACGUCAGAGAAAUGUUUUGUUUAGCAGAGUGUUGGUGAGACCAGCACAAAGACCACGUCUCCCCCCUUUCCCGUUCUCUCCUUCUCACUUCUUUCCCUCUAGCAGUCUCUCACACGGUGCUUGUAUACCAUACUCUUGUUUUUCUCUCUCUCCAUCCCACUCAUUGCACAUGUUUUUUUCUUCCCUACCCCCUUCUCCCUUUCUCUCUCUUCUCUCUAGCCAGAGAUAGAGAAUUCCUCCGUCUGCUCUGAGCAGGCCAGGGGGGUGACUGACUUACUUACUUUAUUGUCCCCAUGGGGAAAUUUUGUUGCAGUGUCAUGUACACAUUUAAAGUGGCGUUAAAUACAAAACAAGAUUGACAAUACAACUUUCAAUAACAGUCACGCACCAAUAAAAGUAAGAAAUAAGAAAUAAAACAUUUAAAACAUUUAAAACAAAGACUAGCCUGCUGGCCUUACGGGGUCAAUGGGAACAUUUGCCCGAGCUAUUUAAGAGGGAUAUCACACCUGGCACAAAUGAUUGUCUCGUUCUAUUUUUCCUGCUGAGGGGUGCCCUAUACCUACGCCCAGAGGGGAGUAAUUCAAAGUCCAGGUACAGGGGGUGACUUGGGUCUAAAAUGAUUUUGUGAGCCUUACGGAGGGCCCUGACCUUAAAGAUCUCAUCCAGGCCUGUCUGUUUGACUCCAAGUACCUUACUUGCUGUGGUAAUAAUCCUUCUCAGCAUGUUUCUCUGACUGACAGUGGCAUUGCCAAGAAAGGCACAUGACUGACUGACAUGGUCGUGGAAUUAGCUAUUUAAACACACAUAUAAACUAUCUAUAGUAGCGGCUAGGAUGACUGUCCAGUCACGUCUGUGUGUGUCAUGUCAUGUGCCUUUCUGUGCAUGUAUGUGCGUAUCCAUGCCUGUUUACAGUAUCUGUGACCUCUUGAUGUUUAAGUUUGGCAGCGCAGCACAUGUUUAUGUUGUCCACACAUUGGGGAAUAUAAAGGCCAGCAGAUGGAAGCUGUAUUAGAAAGGUGAUUGACGGUGGGGAUGGUGUUCUUGGGGUCAUAGGCAGCAUUCCCCCUCCUCCAAACACGGUGAGUUGAGUUGAUGCCAAAGAGCUCGAUUUUGGUCUCAUCUGACCACAACACUUUCACCCAGUUCUCCUCUGAAUCAUUCAGAUGUUCAUUGGCAAACUUCAGACUGGCAUGUAUAUGUGCUUUCUUGAGCAGGGGGACCUUGCGGGCGCUACAGGAUUUCAGUCCUUCACGGCGUAGUGUGUUACCAAUUGUUUUCUUGGUGACUAUGGUCCCAGCUGCCUUGAGAUCAUUGACAAGAUCCUCCCGUGUAGUUCUGGGCUGAUUCCUCACCGUUCUCAUGAUCAUUGCAACUCCACGAGGUGAGAUCUUGCAUGGAGCCCCAGGCCGAGGGAGAUUGACAGUUCUUUUGUGUUUCUUCCAUUUGCGAAUAAUCGCACCAACUGUUGUCACCUUCUCACCAAACUGCUUGGCGAUGGUCUUGUAGCCCAUUCCAGCCUCCCCCCCCCCCCCCCCCCCCCCCCCCCCUCUCUCUCUGUAGAUGACUUCGUCAACCACUUUGAAAAGAAGGUUGACGACAUCCGAUCCUCGUUUGUUAAGUCUAAUGACACUGCUGGUCCUGCUCACACUGCCCUACCCUAUGCUUUGACUUCUUUCUCCCCUCUCUCUCCAGAUAAAAUCCUGCGACUUGUGACUGCAGGCCGCCCAACAACCUGCCCGCUUGACCCCAUCCCCUCCUCCCUUCUCCAGACCAUCUCCGGUGACCUUCUCCCCUACCUCACCUCGCUGAUCAACUCAUCCUUGACCGCUGGCCAUGUCCCUUCCGUCUUCAAGAGAGCGAGAGUUGCUCCCCUUCUCAAAAAACCAACACUCGACCCCACUGAUGUCAACAACUACAGACCAGUAUCCCUUCUUUCUUUUCUUUCCAAAACUAUUGAGCGUGCCGUCUUUAGCCAACUCUCUUGCUAUCUCUCUCAGAAUGACCUUCUUGAUCCAAACCAAUCAGGUUUCAGGACUGGUCAUUCAACUGAGACUGCUCUUCUCUGUGUCACUGAGACUCUCCGCACUGCUAAAGCUAACUCUCUCUCCUCUGCUCUUGUUCUUCUAGACCUGUCUGCUGCCUUUGAUACUGUGAACCAUCAGAUCCUCCUCUCCACCCUCUCCGAGCUGGGCAUCUCCGGCGCGGCUCACUCCUGGAUUGCGUCCUACCUGACCGGUCGCUCCUACCAAGUGGCGUGGCGAGAAGCUGUCUCCGCACCACGUGCUCUCACCACUGGUGUCCCCCAGGGCUCAGUUCUAGGCCCUCUCCUUUUCUCCCUAUACACCAAGUCACUUGGCUCUGUCAUAUCCUCACAUGGCCUUUCCUAUCAUUGCUACGCUGACGAUACACAACUAAUCUUCUCCUUUCCCCCUUCUGAUAACCAGGUGGCGAAUCGCAUCUCUGCAUGUCUGGCAGACAUAUCAGUAUGGAUGACGGAUCACCACCUCAAGCUGAACCCUGGCAAGACGGAGCUGCUCUUCCUCCCGGGGAAGGACUGCCCGUUCCAUGAUCUCGCCAUCACGGUUGACAACUCCGCUGUGUCCUCCUCCCAGAGUGCGAAGAGCCUAGGCGUGACCCUGGACAACACCCUGUCGUUCUCCGCCAACAUCAAGGCUGUGACCCGCUCCUGCAGGUUCAUGCUCUACAACAUUCGGAGAGUACGACCCUGCCUUACACAGGAAGCGGCACAGGUCCUAAUCCAGGCACUUGUCAUCUCCCGUCUGGACUACUGCAACUCGCUGUUGGCUGGCCUCCCUGCCUGUGCCAUUAAACCCCUACAACUCAUCCAGAAUGCCGCAGCCCGUCUGGUGUUCAACCUUCCCAAGUUCUCUCACGUCACCCCCCUCCUCCGCACACUCCACUGGCUUCCAGUUGAAGCUCGCAUCCGCUACAAGACCAUGGUGCUUGCCUAUGGAGCAGUGAGGGGAACGGCACCUCUGUACCUUCAGGCUCUGAUCAGUCCCUACACCCAAACGAGGGCAUUGCGUUCAUCCACCUCUGGCCUGCUGGCUCCCCUUCCUCUGCGGAAGCAUAGCUCCCGCUCAGCCCAGUCAAAACUGUUCGCUGCUCUGGCACCCCAAUGGUGGAACAAGCUCCCUCACGACGCCAGGACAGCGGAGUCACUCACCACCUUCCGGAGACAUUUGAAACCCCACCUCUUUAAGGAAUACCUCGGAUAGGAUAAAGUGUUCCUUCUAACCCCCCCCCCCCCCCCCUCCCAAAUUGUAAAGUGGUUAUCCCACUGGCUAUAGGGUGAACGCACCAAUUUGCGAGUCGCUCUGGCUAAGAGCGUCUGCUAAAUGACGUUAAUGUGCCCUUGAGCAAGGCACUUAACCCUAAUUGCUCCUGUAAGUCGCUCUGGAUAAGAGCGUCUGCUAAAUGACUAAAAUGUAAAUGUAAAUGUUGUGUAGGUCUACAAUCUUGUCCCUGACAUCCUUGGAGAGCUCUUUGGUUUUGGCCAUGGUGGAGAGUUUGGAAUCUGAUUGAUUGAUUGCUUCUGUGGACAGGUGUCUUUUAUACAGGUAACAAGAUGAGAUUAGGAGCACUCCCUUUAAGAGUGUGCUCCUAAUCUCAGCUCAUUACCUGUAUAAAAAGACACCUGGGAGCCAGAAAUCUUUCUGAUUGAGAGGGGGUCAAAUACUUAUUUCCCUCAUUUUUUUUUUUUACAUGCGUUUUUCUAGAUUUUUUUGUUGUUAUUCUGUCUCUCACUGUUCAAAUAAACCUACCAUUAAAAUUAUAGACUGAUCAUUUCUUUGUCAGUGGGCAAACGUACAAAGUCAGCAGGGGACCUAAUACUUUUUUCCCACACUGUAUGUACAUACACCUGAAUAUAGGAAAAGCAAUUCUUGCUGACCACUGGAGACGAAAGGACUACUUUUACACACUGAUUCUAACUAUUAAUAACAGCAUGUGGAUACAUGGACACAACUUAAGAUAAAUAGUUGUUUUUCAUGAAGCUCCACAUAAAGUAUACAUAUAUCUCUACCCAUGGGUCCCUUGGCAGAGGAACAUCGGUGCACACACAUUCACACAACUACCUCAGUGUGUGUGUGUCUCGAGUAUCCAGAGCUCACCUUGCAGGCCUACAGGACUGGAUUCUAACAAAGGGUGAGAGACAGGUCCCGUCAAAGACACUCCUGGUUGCCAUGGUGCCAACAGUAGAAUGGAAACACAUGGUCCCCACGGCGAUGACAGACAUCCAUGGCCACAGCCAGAGAACGUUCCAGAAGGCCUAGAUAACAGAGACCAGCCAGUGGUCCCUCAAUCCACUGAUGACCCCAACCAGUGGUCCCUUAAUCCUGUGUCCCCAAAUCAUCCCCCACUCUCGGUCCCUCAUCCCCCUCUCCACCUCAAUUCUCUCUGUCUCUCUCUCCUUCUCUAGGUGCAUUCAUUUUAGCUCGCCCGGGCCAGCAGUGGGCUGAGUUUGUACAUUUAAGACCUUUCCAUUAGUCCUGAAGUGAAAUCUCCACUGGCGCACCAAGCAACCUAAAACGAAUGCACCCCUUCUCUCUGUUUGUCUGGGCAAAGGUUAAUAUCUCCUGCUGUGUUGACCUAUGACGUCAUGCCAGUUAUUGCGGAUUUCACACACCACGGUUCCCUGGAGGUGACCCAAUCUUGUCUGGAGGCCAAGGUGCGUCACUGUAGUAACCAGACUAGAGGCCUUGACCCACCUAGUUGGACAGCAGCUGUAUGAUCUCACAGGGACAGAGAACAUCUGGUUUGUGACAACUAUUUCACACAGAAUGUGACAUCAUCCCUCUCCUCUCCUUAUCUUUUCCUUUCUCAAUUUUGUCUUUUCAUCUUUUUCAGAAGGCUAAUUCUGUCGGAGUCACGUAA